AUGAAUGAUUCUUAUAACAGUAUAAUUUUACUCGAUCCAAGUGAAUUUUAUGUAUUUGUUUGUGAUCUUUAAGAAAAGACAACCUCGUUAUUUUCGAACUUAAUGAGUAAACCUUUCCGCUCAGAAUCUAAAUGUGAUUUUGGUUUUAAUAAAAAUUGUGUUGUUUAUACAGAUAACGAUAGACUUGGAUAUUGAAUAUUCUCAAAAUGACAGCGGUGGUGAUAACAACAUUUAUCGGAAUCGGACGCUUUCGGUGUUUAGUUCACGGCCCGAAUCGCCGACUGAAUCAACGGACGAACGGCAAAUGCUAUUGGACGUCGAGCAAAACAUCGCCAACCUGGAGAGGACUUUCACUGACAACCGGCGAUUGGGCGGCUGUGGUGAACGGCAGGAAGACGGUGGUGGUGGCGGAAGCAGUGACAGCGCCGGUGGAGGUGCGCUCACCGGAACAGGAAGAACUCACAAGAAAGGCUUGUUCAAUCGGUUCAAUUCAGACAAAGGAACUGGAAUCGACCGGAAGAGGUGAGACCCCACAAACUCCGGAGCAAUCGAAUCGACUCCGGAAACUAAAUUGUAGUCUACAUUAGGCCACGAAAAAAAAAAAAAUUAAUACUGCUAAUAUGGUAUGCCACUAUUAUAGGUGGGAAGUUGAGAAUGUAGGACACAUAGAGUCAUUUUUAUUUGUACAUGAACCUAACGAUAAAUUAUUGUCAGAAAUAUGAUUCUUAGGGAAGUUCGAUUACAUUGCGUAAUUUUUUGGUUAUUCAUCUAAAAUUCAACUUAAAAUGUUCAUACAAAAAAACUACAAUAUUGUACUAAAUGUUAUUUUCGGCCACUAAAUAAGAUUUAUGAUAAAAUUUGUAUUUAAUUUUUAAGAAUUUCCAUUCAGCAAAAACAUUGAGAUCCACUUAAAGUUAAAUAAAAUUACAAAUUUAGAACUAUUAAAUGCCUAUAAAUAACACAAUUAUUAAAAUUGCCAACAUAUCUUGGAAAUUUCACCAUAUCUAAUAAAAAGCCGAUAUAAGUAUUUUGUGAAUAUAUAAGGUCUCUCUUUACAAUUAGUUAUAAUUAAAUUGAAAACAAAAUUUGAAAUAAUGAAAUCGUUAUCGUAGUAAAUUUAUCGGUUUUUCCAGUUAUUAAGAAAACUACAAAAACCUACUAAAUAUAAUUUCCAUUCGGAAAAAAUUCUAUAUUUGAAAAUUUGAGUAAGAUAUGUAUAAAAAAAUAUACAGUUUAACAAAAUAGUGGAAGUUUGGCGUUUUCAAAAUCAAAAACUUUGCAUUCAAUCAUACAUUUAAAAAUUUUAAUUUCUUCUGUCUAAUAUUAUGAUAAUUAUAAAAUAAAAUAUAUUCUAAACACAAUCAAAAUAUAAUUGACCCCCAUUCCUGUUCUCCCCAUACCCCUAUCGGGAUCGUCAAACCCCAGUUUACCGGUGACAAAUCCCUUAAUCAAACUCUGAGAAUACCCUACAGGAACUGCCUUCCCUACUUCUAUCUACAAUAGGGACUUGUCCUUGGUGUGAAGUAUUUUCCAUUAUUUAUAAUUGCUUCUUAAUUUUUCUUCCGAAUGCAUAAUAGUAAUAAUAAUAAUAUGUUGAAACUUUCUAAUUGUAUUGUACAUAUACGAAAGCACAGAAACGUAUAUGUUGCAAUAUGUGCUUAUAAACGGUAGGUAAUGAGUUUCAUAACAUAAAUGAAUACCAUCAUAAUAAUACGUAAUUAUAAUAUUAUACAAACUACUGAUUAAAAUUGAUGAAGUUUAAUUUCACGGAUAUUUCGUUUAAAUUGCAUUAAUUAAUUUUCCCUUACACCUAUACGUUUUGUAUAAUAUAAUAUACAUAUAGGUAUUAUACUUACACCGCAGGAACGUAAUUAAAAUUAGCAUUUCCAUAUAUAAGUUUAAAUGUGACAAUGCGAAAAUUAAUAAAUCGUGUUACGUAUUCUUUGUAUUUUAUUAGAACAAUAUAUUUUAUGUAUACGAAUCCUUUAAAAUAUCUUUUAUGUGCUACUUAACUGUCCAAGAUACAGCCGAUUUCCUUAGAAAGUGCUACGGAAAUGGUUGCAACCAUACCUCGAGAUUUCAAUGAUUCCAUUGGUUUAAUUUUUUAUUUGUUGAUGCAAUUAUGCUUUAAACGUAUACAUUCGUCCCAUUUAUGUCCCAUAAAGAUAUACCCAUUGUAUUAUCUUCUGAGAUAAUAAAAAUAAUCGAAUUCUGUUUUUUUUUUUUUUAUAAUUCACGGGGUUAAGGACUACAGAUAUUUAUAUUUCAAUAAAACUGUAUGUUUUUUUGGUAAAGAAAUUUAAAAAUUAACUUAUUUUUUAAUUAUUUUCUAAACGUUUUAAGAUAGCCAUUUUAUAGAAUUUAUUCUUUAGAACAUUUUUACUUUUCAACUUUUUAUUUUCAUUAACUUCGUGGUUUUUAAUAAUUUUUUAGUAUUCGGGGAAAAAAGCAUACAGUCAAUAUUAGCCAUAAUAAUAUUAAUUAUUAUUCCAAUUAACUAUAAUUAUGCAGCAAGUUUUAAUCGUAUUUUUCAAAAAUAAUAAAAUAAAGUAAUUUUUUUUUAACUUUUUCGCCAAAACAAAAAAAAUUAAUUCAAAUAUAAAUAUUUUUAGUGCUUAUCUUUGUGAGUAAUAAAAAAACAGAAUUUGAUUAUCUUUAUUAUCUCAGAAGAUAUUGCAAUUGGUAUGUUAAGUGCAGUGUUUACAUUUUUUUAUUAGUUUCAUUGUUAUACAAAGUGUACAGUGUAUACAGUGUUAUCCUUAUGCUAAUAAUUCUUUCAAUAUUCAUUUUUAGAUUCUGCGUUUAGUGAAGAAUGUUUUGGUUUUACAAAGAUGUUUUUUUUUUUUUUUAUGUGAACAGUUUUUCUACCAGAAAGCUUAACUCGAUUAUUAAGUAAAGCACCUUUACUGAAAAAAAAUUUCUCUGUGUGGUACUUUAAAGAGUUCGUUUUGAAAUUCUCAUUAAUAUUCGAGAUAAUGAGGAAAACCUUGUGCUUUAAGUUAAAAAAAGAUUAAAAAUGUUAAAAAUAAGGUCGACAUUGGCAACCGUUUUUAUUUAUUUUUUUGUUAUUAUUUUAUCUUUUUUAAACAAUCAUUGUUGUCAUGGAAACGCACAUUUUAAUCAUUUGACCAUAAUUUAUGAUAUAUAUAUUAUUGACAAAACAACACUAUCAGCUGAACUCCGCUCAGAAUUCUUUUUUUUUGUUAGCGAUGGUUUAUAAUUGCUUACAGGUAUACAUUAAAUUAACAAUGCGAGAAAAUAAUAAUCUCGAUUUUCAUUUUGAAAAAAAUAUUCUGAUUAUCCAUAACAUACACGAUAAAACGGCCGAGCUACAAUUUUUAUUUUUAUUAUUUGAAAUGCAAUAAAUUUAGUUACUAUUUUCAAAAAUUUGCAAAAUUUCAAAAUUAAUUAUUAAAUCAACUAAAUACAAUUUUAAAAAUCUGCCUCGGCCGAUAUCUCGUACGUGUAGUGAAGAACUAUAAUAUUUUGUCAAAAUUCAAAUCGAGGCAAUCGUUGCUGCAUAUUGUUGAAAUUAUAAUCGUCGAUUUGAGUGAAAAAUAAACAUUUUUCGUAAUAAUAAAAUAUUUAUAAUAUAAUCUGACAUGUGCAUGCGAAUGCGUACCUACGCGCGCGACGUGCGCCGUAUCUAUGAUUAUUGUUGCCAUGUUUCUAAAACAAAAAUGAGAUAACGAUCCUAUACAUAAUUUAGUAUGUUUAUAUUUAUAAAAAUUUUGUUAUGUUUGUAGCACAAAAAUAAUACAUAAUUAUGUAACCGCGAAUUAGGUAGCCGCCAAUUGGUUUAGUCAUGAUUCCACACUCGUACAGUAAAACAUUUUGUUAUUUUGUUUUAUUUCAUUUUACAUUAAAAAAUGACUUCCAAAUAUAAAGCGAAAACUAUAGUUCCCUUAACCAAAGAGAAAAAAAACAGCACUUUAAAAUUUGACAUAAAGAAAAAAUACAAUUUUUGAUAAGAGUAAGAUUUCUGUUAGCAAACAUGAAUUGUACAAAUUUAAAAUAAAAAAAAUAUAUAUAAAUAAGUUUGUAAACAUUUUGAAAAUUUUGCGAUAAAUUUGUCCUUUUCGUUUUUUUGGGUUUUUCUCUAUUAUUACGAAAACCACCCGGGAAAAAUUAAAAAUUACUUUCUUACCAUCUAGAUCCAAAAUUCGACAAUAAAGGUCUUUUGUCAUUUUUUGAUUGGAGCAAGUUUUCUAGAAUAAAAGUUGUUCACAGACACAAAAAAAAAAAUCAUAGAAAUACCAGUACAUUCCUAAAAUUCCAAUACUAAUACAUUCUUCGCUAGGUACGGUUAGAAUCUACAGGUAAUACGGCCGUGUUAUAAUAAUAUUGAACACCGUGGCUACCAUUUAAAAUGCUUAAACUAGCGGCUAGUUACUAGCCUAUAACACUUCAACACCCGCGUGGUAACGAAUUCAUAGACUCCUCAUUUGUUGAAAUCGCUCUACAACUUGCGUCGUACAUACAGAGAACGGAAAUCAUAAAUUCAUAUAUAUUCCGUAGUAGUUAGUAGUAAUCUGGCAAAACCAAAACAAAUAUUAAUAUUAUAAUAUUAUUAUGAUUAUUGUAUAUAAUAUACAAAAUGUAAUAAACCUGAAAAUAAAUUUGAGGUAGCGAUGCGACCUACUAACUAUUACGAUGAUGAUACGGAGGGUAGCGGUGCACUCAUUUAAACGGACUCACACUAAUGAUCGUUUACGGCUAACACAGGGAUACCGGGCGGUUAUGGGAUUAGAAAUUACCUGAAUUUUGCUCUUUAGAAAACGCUACUGCCGACGCCCCUACUGCCGAUGUCUACAAACAUUAUUACAAAUUUCAAUUUGCAUCUUGCUAUGCAGUUUGAUUUUCAACAAGAUAAUGUUCUUUCAAUAAUUCUGGAUUACACGUAACCAUUAUUUUUAUUUCAUACCUAUAGCAUUUCCUACUUAAACUAUAUUCAUCAAUUUAUAUUAAAUUUUAUGUACGAAUCUAUAAUGUAUUAUUUGUACAUCGCUCAUUUUAUAAAAUGAGUAUUUAUAUAGUUGUACUUAAAUUAUAUUUAAACGGAACCACGGUGGUCAACAAGUUAAUAUUUCAUUAAUUGCGUCAUGGUGUUCAAAACGUUUACAUAUUAAAUUGCAAUAUAAUAAUAAUUAUGUAACAAAUUACCUAUAUUUAGUACAAACAGUAGUAAUCAAUAUUAUACAUAGAAUAAUUUUAAAACUACUAAUUACUGUUUUCAGGGUAAAUAUCUUUAUAAUUAUGUUCAAAAAGCACUAAUCCGUAUGAAAAUUUAAAAUAAACUAAUUAUAAUAUUUUUUUCAAAAAUGAAUUAUACAGGUGUUAAACAAAAAGUGUUGAAUUAGUGUAGUUUUUAAAAGGUAAGUAAAAAGACUGAAAACCAAUCGAAUAUCGAGUAUCAAACAAAUAGUAUAUAUUAUAAUAGUACUGAACUUGAAUAUAUUAUUAAAAAUGCAAUUUAAACUUUAACUACUGAAAUCCGAUACGAAGAAGGUGCAUUGUAACCAAAUUUCCAUAGCACUAAUUUGGGCUUAAAACUUAACGUAAAUUAUGCAUAAAAAAAAUUAUUGACUAAUUUUAAUUAUUAUAAAUGUCAAAACGGGGUACAAAUUUUACCCCAGUAUAUUAUCCCUAAAAAAAAGUCUGUAUUUUGAAAAGUUUAAAAGCACACAAAUGGAGGGACUUUUAGUUCAAAUCAGCACAAAUAUUACACAAAAAAGACGCUUGAUUUUAUUUUAGAAUUUUAAAGUAAAGUUGAGAUAAAAAUGAAAAUUGUUUUAUGUGGUUGUAGAGUAGUUAUUAUCUAGUCUACAGUCUACCAAACCAAAGAAAAAUUGAUUAUAUACUUUUAGGUAUCGUUUUUAUAUUAGAAACGUUCGCUAUUUUUUUUUAUAGUACGCGCAAUUCUUUUUCCAUACUUAUUUAAUUAUUAAUUAUUAUUUGAUAUUUUUGUAUCAUUUUUAAGUUCAAAGAAAAAAACAACAACAACAACACCGAUGAACCAUAGAGCUCGGUCACUAGAAUCAAAUUUUCCACCACCCAUUUUUUAUUAUAGAAAUAUUCUUUAUAAAACAACAAAUAACUGAAACCAUAAUAAUAUAAUACUAUAUUAUACUCGUACGAGUAUGCCUACAACAAUACUACUCCAAAAAAAAAAAAAAAAAAAAGACGAUAUUUGAAUAUAAAUUAUAUGGAUAGGGGUUGAAAGCUAAAACCCCAAAAGGUACAUUUUUGAUAGUAACAUCAUGCAUAAGAAAAUUUCAUUCCCCUGGUUUUAUUUUAAGGUUUACAGUAUUUACUAAAAAUGUAUGGUGUUCUAAUUUUAUUAUAAUAUUAUAUUAGUUAUUUGAUAGGUAUAGCAUAAUACAACACGGACAUAUGUCGGGGGAAGGGAGAAUUUUGACCCUCAAAACCCACUUCAGAUACGGCCUUGUACACGUGUGUUAACACGAUUUACUUACCUACUAAACAUCAUUUUUUUGAUUGUCGUAUUCAAUAACAGAUUUUGAUUUAUUUUUUCAGCCGUGGCGCGGGUUUCAAAAAAGGCGUGAAAAACAUAAUUGGGGAAUUCAGAAUACGACACAAUAAAAAUUCACCGGACAAAGAGGCGUUGAUAGAUAGUGACGAUAGUGCGAAACAGCAGGCCACGAUAACAACUUAUCAGAGGGGCCACGCAACAGAGACCAGUGACCUAUCUUCGGAUAACGAAUCUGUUCAUUCGCUCAACUCCGAAUAUACGCCCAAACCGAGAAAGUAAAAAAUGACUGCGAGAUAAUUAUAAUAUAAUAUCCUACCGGAUAAUAUUUAUUGCAUGGUUCCCUACGUUUGAACUUUAUUGUUUGGGUUUUUUUUUUUAAGUUUUUCUGUUUUAUUUAGACCUUUAAAACACAAAGAUCAGUUAAACGUAACGCAAAAUGCGCUCAAAUCUCAAGACUUUCAAGUGUGCGUGACCAUAAUCGAAGCCAGACAAUUAGCUGGUCUAAACAUGGAUCCGGUGGUAUGCGUGCAAGUCGGUGAAAUAAAAAAAUACACGAGCGUUAAAGAAAGCACAAACUGCCCGUACUACAACGAGGUAAGAAAUUUAAAAAAAAAAAAAAGGUACCAAUUAUUAAAUUUUGUAAAUGAUAUCUUCGCACAAAAGCAAACGAUCUCCGCAAUUAAUUGCACAAACAAACUCGUGGUAAAAAACAAAACCUAUAUCUUAGGUCAGUACUAAUAUAUAUAAUUAAGCAAAGAAAAGAAGGACAUAACUACAUAAAACAAGUAGGAAACUUCGAAUAAAAUUUAUAUUGAGAACAUUCUUCGAAAAGGAUAUGGGCAAAUCAAUUUUUUUUUUUUUGAUAGUUUAAAAAUAACGAGAACAACGAUAUAAUAAUAUGAGUAUAAUUGGUUCUUUGAUAUUAAUAUUUUGUGUGAAUUAAAUAGAAAUAGAAAAUAAAAAUCUUAAAUAAGUCUAUACUAAUUUAUAUUUAAUUUAAGGAAAAAAUUACCUUAAUAGACACUUUUAGUUUUCAAACAAUUUUGUUUGUUAUCUUAAACGAAUUUUGUUAUACUUCAAUAUACAUAUUAUUUUCUUUAAAAGAAUAAUCGCUUUUUGAAUAAUAUGUUUAAUAAGUACGCGAAGACAAUGAUUGAUUAUUGACAAGCGCGAUCCGUAAUAUUAAUUCAUUCGAUUAUUUGAAAGUAUUGCACAUUUUAAUUUACUGUAUAUACAUUUGUAUCUUUAAUCGUGCUAAUGAAUCAAAUAAGUGAUGUCACUUAUCAGUACCAUUUCAAAGAUCAUCAGCACCAUUUAAUAAAUGAGAAAUUAUUUUUUUGCUAUAACCUAUAACCGUCAUAAAUCUAAAUUAUGUAUCUAAAUUUACAUUAUUGAUUGGAUAUUAAAACACAAUAGUAAGAAGUCGUUAAGGCAAAUAUAUAACUAACGCUUAACAACUAAAAUUUGAUAUUGAACGAAAAACUGGAAAUUUUAGCAAUAGAAUACCUAAUACCCAUAUAAAAGGUAGUUCACCAAGUGAUUCAUUUAAGUAGGUAUAUUCAUUAUCUCAGAAAAUAUUGAAUUUUUUUAAGAAACAAACUGCUCUACAAUUGUAUAUUUAUGUUAUUUUUUCAUCCUUAUUUUGGGAGUAAAACCAAAAGUCCACUUAAAGCACCUGGUAUAUAAAAACAAAAUAAAAUUUAUUUAACAUUUUCCGGCCGAAAAUCGAUUGUUAUUAACGAUUAACAAAUAGGAAUAUCAUAUGAAAUUAUUCCGAAAUAAAUAUAUAUGUUACAAUAUAUAUAAGUAACACUAAUAUUGGUAAUUAUUGAAAACACAGAACGAUUUUGUUUGUAAACGGUACCUAUGGCGAAUAAGAUACAUCAAAGACAAUACGAUUAUUAUACAAGAAUGACAGCUGGAUAUUAUUAUUAUCAGUUUUACCGACAACUAUAGAAUUAUUAAUUAAUAAUUCGUAACUGUUUUGUAUAUUAUGUACGUUUGUGGGUUUAAUAUUUUUACAAUAACCAUCAUAAAUAUAAUAACCUAUAUACGCAUAAAAAUAAAAUUUAAAUGUCUGUCUCUAACUAUAGAUCUAUUUUUCUUUUUCUGAGUUCAAAUGAUGAUUUCAUUAUUUACAUGAUACAAAAACCUACAAAACUAACUAUUUUUAUUUUUUCAUAAUUUUUAUCAGUCUAAAUUGUCUGGGUAAAUAUCGAAAACAAAAACAAAUUGAAAAAAAUGUUCCUUAAUAUUGUUAUAUGGUGGCACAUAAAGUUGUUUAUUUUAUGAAAAAUCAAAAAUUUCCUACAAUUCAGACGUCGGAACGAAUGUGUUCAAAUAAGCUCGUUGAUCUGUUCAAAGUUUAAAAUGUUUGAACAAAACAUGGAUUAAAUGUAUAUUUUAUUAUUAUGAUUUAUGUGUUCAACUUUAAUAGGUUCGUUUAUAUUAAUCAAAUUUUAAAAACUAUAUUGAUAAUUUAAAAAAAACUCAUACAUUUUUUUUUUUUAGAAAUAAAGAGAAGAAUAAUAUACUUCAUACCCUUAUAUUAUAAUUAAUAAAAUCAGUCUACGUAAAGUUAUAAACGUUAAUAUUAAAAUUAACUUAAAUCUACGUCGAUUUCUCAGAGAUAAUUUUUUUUACUAAGCCGUUGUAUUUUAUGUUAUUAUACGUACUUAAUAACCAUUCGUCUGAAAUUUAAUCCGACUUAAGUACGUUGUUCUGGAGUAGCGAGUGGGCGUAAUCGAUUCAGAAGUAUUAAAUUUCUUCCAGCGCCCCUCCGGGAAAAAAGUGUCGGCUAAGAUGGAUUUAUUUCUGUGUAGGGUUCAAAUUGAUUUCUUCUGCUUUAGUCACUUAUAAUUAUACGAACGUGCGAUUUUACGUCAAUUCUCAAGCAGAUAUAAAUUUAACAAUAAUGGUAAUCCUUUUGGUAUUAACGUGGGUAUAAGUGUGUGUGUAUGUGUGUUCUUCUCUACCGACGAAACCGGACUUAAUAUUAUAUUACACAGUGAAAAGUAACAAAUAAUUUAAUUACGAGCUUAUCCCUGAUGUCUGACGCAGUCAUAUCCCAUGAGUAAUGACUUAUUAUGACAUCAGGAAACGUUCGUAUAGUUUAUGUUUAUCCUCAGACCGAGGAUUAAAAUUUUGAACGUUAAAAAUAUUUUUAUUUCAACAAAAAACGUUAUAGAUAUACGUACCUACAUUAAAACGACUCACUAUUCAAAAACACACACUUGAAAGUUAAAACCUUAAUUGAAGAUCAAAGAACAAAUGCAAUAUUUAUACGUUACCAAGCUGUUAUACAUUGCAAACUAUCGUUUCUCAGCAAUUUUUCAUUUAUGUUUCCUUUAAUCUUUCAUCACUGCUGCUUCCAGCACCCUAUAGCAAGUAUUGUUUAUUUUUUACUAAAAUUAAUACGUGCGAACUGGUGAACAUUUUAUGAUGCAUAGACAUAGAUUCAGCCUUAUCGUUAUUAGAAAUUUAGAAAUUAAUACUUAUUUAUUUUUAUAUAUUUUCGAAUUUCCCUGACAUUAAACUUAAAUGGUCGAUUUUUUCUCCAUUGCAUUAUGAUUUAUAAUUAAUAAGCUUCUCACUUACCUAAAUUCAAUGGAAUUCAAAUAUGUAUCUGCUUUCUUAACACUCACCGCUGUAAAAUAACAUCCUUAACUAGUAGUUAUGUGACAUAACUUAUGUCCAUUACAUUUCUGAUUAAUGUUAAUUGACCUAGAUCCUACAUAAUAUCAUCAUUAGAAUUGUUUGGUUUUUUAAAAAUCUUAUUCUUAAAUAAAUGAAUUUAAAAUUAGGUGUUUUGUGUUUUUUUAUUUUUUAUUACAUAAUAUUUUAUUUUAUCUCUCUCGUUAUCAUUUCUCAGAUUGAUUAAUAGCCACAUUUUAUUGUCGUUUAUCAUGCACUUACACUUUUCAGUAGUAAAUGCUAACCAAUCUAAUCGAAAAUCCUUACAUAGUUCUUCCCUUAAAAGCUAUUUCCUUAAUAGUCAAUUUCAACGGUUCUUGUUUUUAUCACUAUAAAAUAACGCUCAUUUAAUGUUAUAAUACUAUUAGUGUACCUACCGGUUUACAAAAUUUAGUUACAUCCACUCAUAGCUAGAUAUUUGGUUACAUCUUUGUGGCGAUUUUUACCAAUUUUACCCUAGGACAUAACUAACAAGAAAGUUAUCUUUAUUCUAGCGAUUUUUGAGCAGUUAACAUUUUCGAGUUAUUAUAGUUUUUAUUUGGUAGAUAUUAUGAAAAUAAAAUUGUUCAGCCGAACAUAAAUGCUUAAAAAUGUAUUAUUAGUUGUAAUAGUGAGAAAAAAAAUUGAGCGUAAUGUUUUUUUUUGUAGCGUUUAAAUUAAAAUUUUGACGAAAAUCAUAAAAAUUAUGCCAUUUCAAAACAUAUUUAACCGAACUUCACUCAGAAUCGUUUUUCGUAAGAACUUAUUUAUUGUUGCGUACACAUAUAAAUUAAACAACUUUAUAUAUCUUACUUUUCUAACAUUUUUUGUAUUUGUUUCAUCGUAUCUGCUGCACAAAUGAUCCAGCUCAAACCAACAUUAACAAUCGCUUUUUUGUAUAUUUAUUUUACACGUCCAAAUAGUUUUAAACCCAAAAGAACUACUAUUAAAACUGUUACGCCCAAAUGAUUCAUUUCCCUAUUGACAGUUAAUUUCAAAAAACAUUAAAUUUGGUAAAAUAUUGAUAAAAAUUAAUUUGUACAAAAAAAAGCUUAGUAAGUUAAUUAAAAUUUGACGUGAAGGGACUAAGACAUUCAACGGCUUAAAAAACUUCUGGUGGGGUCAAUCUCCCUUUAAGUUAUUCCUGAUAGAUAUCUAUGCAUGCAAUCACUCGUAUUUCUGAAUAUUUUUUUAAAAAGAUUUAUAAUUUGUAUUUAAUUAUAAUAUUAUCAUACAAUAUUCUAUAACAUUACUAUUUUGAGCCUUUGAAAAUAUAUUUUAAUUUUAUUAGGUAUCUACCUACCUGCGUUAUUUUAAUUAAAUAAAGUUCUAUCGGCGUUAUAAAUCGUUUAACUUUAAGCACACUGUAAUAUUUAUGUCUGAUACUAUUAUAAAGAAAGUCCGCCGUCAUUAAAUUUUAAUUGGAUAUAGUAGGUAUCAAUACGUUAACGCAAACGACCCGUAUAGUUUGAAUAAUUCAAGACACACUGUUUAAAGAGUGAAAAUUGCUAAUAAAAAACUAUUAUUUAAUAUCGUUUACAUUCCAAUUUUUAAAAAAAAUUUAGAUCCUGAACUUCACGAAGAAUAUACUGGUUUUAUUGAAAUAUGAGAGUGUAAUACGUGAUUAUUUGAUAAAUCCAUUUCUUCAUCUGGCGUUUAAAUAAAAUAAAACUAUUACAAAAAAAAAAUAAUAAUAAUAUAUAUAAAAAAAAAAAUAGAUAUAUUUUGCACGUGGGUGCAGCCACUGUUGUAGGUGGGAAAUUGGAAAGGUAGGAUGCAGAUGAGAAUUAAAUAUAUAUCUGAAAGUAACGAUAAACUAUUUCUAACGUAAAACUGAUUCUGAGCGGAGUUCGGUUGAUAGUAUUGUUUUGUCAACAAUAUAUUUUAUGUCAUAUUAUGGGAAAAUGAUUAUAAAGAUGUGCGUUUCUAUGACAACAAUGAUUGUUUUUAACGGAAAGAAAAAUAAAACGAUACCUAAUAAUAUUUGUAUUACCAUAAUAAUAAGCUUCUUUCAAAUUAUCUUAAAAUCUUAUUUUAAGGUAAUAAUAAUAUUAUUAUACCCGAUGGGAAUCAGUGUUUAUAACUUUGAAGUAUUCCGGUAGAAAUUUCAAAACAUGUUCCUUUUAAACGUCAGAUGCACUUGUUUUCGAAUAAAUAUUAAAUGUAUAGAUAGGUGGGCGAGUUACCUUGCUUGUUUAUAUCUUGUAGGUAAACCGGAAUUUUAUUUUCAACACAACAAACGGUGUCGGCACAGAUGCGGUCAGCACAUUUGCGGUCACGAACUUUUUGACGGCAAUUGGGGUCACUCCAUUAUUUUUUUAUGAUAUAAUUACACGGACGUCCGAGAUAAAACUUUAUUUAAUAUAAUAAUUAUCAUAUUUACUAUUAUUAAUAGGUACUACAUUAUUAUAAUAUUGUGACAUCAUUAUUAUUAAUUUCACAUGAGGACAGUCGAUGUAUGCAAGGUGGGAGAUCGGAUCAAAUGGAAGUUUAGAACGAAGGAGACCGGCUGCAAAUAGUCGGGGUGAAGGCAACGGAAAAGAAGAAGAAAAAUAAUAAAAUAUUAACAUUUAUUUCUUCGAAAAUGAAAUGAUCUUAUAACAUAUUUAACUUUAGUAAUAUUAAUUUCCGUAUUAUUUAUUUAUUUACGAACAAAUAAACCGGUAGGUUGGGUAGAAAAUACAUGUUCGCCUACAAUUCCUCUGUAAUAACUCAAUUAGUUAGUAAUUCAACUACUAUAAUACCCGUGUUAUUAUUCACCCGUUAUAUAAUAUAACCAGUAGUGCACGCAAGAUAUUUUUCGGGGAAGAGUUUUGUUUAUAAUAGUUUUCUAGAGAAGAGAUAACACAUAUUAUUAGUACAAUACUAUCACUAUUAUUACUAAAUAAAUUAUUUUUGAUAAAAUUUAAUUGUAUUUUAUUCUGUGGUACAAGAUAUAAUGUAGUUGAAUAAAAAACUGGAUUUUAAAAAGUGUAGUGAAAGAAGGGAUUUUAAUCCUCUAAACCCCCUCACUCUGUGUGCGCCCCAAAUAUAACCCACACAGCUAAUACCUAUAUUUAAAGACACAAAAUACAAAUAUGAGGGAUAUGUUAACCUGAAAACCUUUCCAUGUACAAUUAGCUUGAAAUCAACAGUCAAUUUGUUUACAAUCUAUAGGUAUUCUAAUUUUUAAUUUACUUAUUAGAUCACAAUAAGUGUUCGGACGUCACAAAACCGAACAUUUAAGAUUUAUUUAAAAUCGGCUUUUUACGAUUUCUAUUAAACGUUGAACCUUAAACAGUUAUAAAAAAAAAAAAUUAUUUUCACCACGAAUUACAACUUUUAAUGAAGCUUGUAUUCAAAAAAUGUCAGACUCAUUAAGAAAAAUGCCCAUGUCUGUACGAUUAUUUUAAAAUUAAUUAAAAAUAAAGAAAUCAAAAACAACACCAAUCUCGAAUAAAUAUGCCCACUUUUCUUGUGUUUCUCUCCAUUAUCAAGAAAACUAUAAAGAAAGGAAAACAAAAUUAAUUUCUCAAUGCACCAACUUGACACAAUUUUCUACCAGAUCACCCCUGGCGUUGGUAACCGGAGCCAAAUUUCUGGUAGGAUAGUUAUUAGCAGACAAAAAAAAUGGUACAAACUAUAGUAAAUUUUAAAAAUUAUUUUUUAUGAAACAAGCUUCGCUGGGUAUCGAUCAGUUUUAAAAUAAUAUAGCAAUUUAUUAUUCGACCAUGGAUUGCAAAAUAAUUUAGCUAAGAAAAGUACCUAGGUAUUAUGCAAUAUUAUCUGGAAGUAAGUAUGUUUGAAAUUUUAAACUGUUUUAUUUUAAAUUUGGUCAUUUUAACGUUUUGGUCAAAAAACUGUACUCCCCGAGUUUAAAUAAAAAAAACAAACUUCAAUGCAUACUGUAUAACAUACAGUAUGUAUUAUACACAUAAAUACAUUGUAAAUAUCUGAUAGUUUAUUAUUAAUAGGGAUUUAAAAUUUAAAAGGAUGUACAUAGUAGUAGUGCGGUAUAAUUUUCAAGGAGAAUUAAUUUAUUAUAACAUCAUCUCGCCAACCACAUAAUAUUAUCUGACCACUGAAAGCGUAUAAAUAAUAAAAUUCUAUUUGCAGUUGCUACUAUAGUUCAUAUUUGAGGUCUGCGAGUAGAAAUUGUGAGAUAAAAUUGUCCGCUUCCAGACUUCAUAAUUUAAAUUAUCCUAUAUUCCAUAUAAUUUCACCUACAACAGCCUACCCAUAAUGGAGGUGUGUCGAAGUUUUUUUUUUAUGAAAUUAUCGCAUCACAAAUCAUUAUACCUAUUAAGUAAAUUAUAUUACUUCAUCAAUAUUACUACUUUAUUCUAUAAACAUUUAAUUUUCAUCUGCACGCCACCAUAAACCAUUGAUAACGAAAAAUAAUUCUGAGCGAAGUUUGAUAAUAUAAUGUGUUUUAAAAUGUAUUUUACAAUUUUCGUCAGAAUUAACCUUAAAAUGCUCAUAAAAUAACAUUAUUGUUAAUACAUUACGCUAAACUUCUUUUUUCUCGAAACACUAAGUUAAAUUUCUUAUUAGCUUCGUAUUAAAAAUUCAAGUUUUUUAGUUCAGCCAAAAUAUUUUAUCCACGUAAUAUAAUAUAAAAACUAAAAAAAACUCGAAAAUUUCAAAUGCCAAAAUCAUUAGAAUGUUUUUAAGAUUUUACUACAUCUAAAAGGCUAAUAAAAAUAUCAUAAGAAUAUCGGAUCUCUACAAUUAUUUUUACCGAGUUACAACAAUAAAAUAAAACCGAAAAUAAUGAAACUGUUAUGCUGGAAUUAAUGCUCGACCGACGGUCAGCGUAGACGUCGGUUGAGCGUAGAUAUAUCAAUGAAUGCAUAUGAACAAAUACAGUGCACCGCUGAAAAAUUAAUACGCGCGUACAGCUACGUCGCGCUGAUUACCGUCGGUCGAGCUUGUCCGUCACGCGUACGUCGAUCGACCGACGGUCCAUAUCGAUAAAUGCUGGCGUUUAAUUUGACGCUGAUCGAGCGACCGACCGUGAGCCCGUACGCAAGUUUAAGUUUUUAGGUUUUUUAAUUUUAAGCGUACAGAAUUCACCUCUAAUAACUAAUAAUUCCCCCCUCCUUAUGAUUACGCCACUUUUGUAUCGGUCGUUAAAUAAUUUUUUGUACUCUUAAAACUCUUAUAAGACUGUUAAAAAUAUUGUAUUUGAAUGUUCAAGUAUUUCAAGUAGGUACCUACCUAACUAUCUAUACCUAAUGGAUCAAAGGAAACCUUUUAAAUUAGGUCCUUUUUUCUUUUAUGUUUUAUGAAAAUAGUUGUCUAAUUUUAUUUUAUUUUAUUUUGUAUCGGUGAAACAACGAAUUUUAAAAUAAAAACGAAUAGCAGGGUGAAUUACGUGAAUUUAAGGUAGGUGCGCGUGGUUUUAUGUUCUUUUCACUCUGUUGCCUGUCGUAUCUACAGAAAGAAUCCUAAAUAUAUACUCUAAGCAGUCUAAGCAUUUUAAGUAAAUGGUUUAGGACUACGAUCCUAAGUUCGAAUCGGUCACAUUGAAGUACUUAAAAGCCUUCGAGUAUAACUGGGUUACGGGCGACCAGAAAAAACCACAAGCAGGUGACACCAUUUAAUAUUAUAACCUGUAGUAUAAGUGGUCAGGAUUUCGUGUAUCUAAUCAUAGUUAAGAAAUAUCAUUGUACAUAUAAUUCUUUUUUAAAUUAAGGCUAAUAAUAAGACAAAUUAUUUCGGGGGAAAAAAAACUACCUACUUAAGAAAUGUCUAGACAAGUUAUGCGAAUUAAUAAAUAUUUUAAAAAUACGUUAAAAAUUGUAAUAUUUAUAGAUAUUGAAUAGUUAGAUAGUUAGAUAGUGAUAGUUGAAAGUGAAUUCGAACAUUUUAUCAACUUAAUAACAUAAGUUUUUUUUUUUGUGCAUUUCAAUAUUGUCAUAAUAACAAUGAUCUACCCUAGAAUUUGUGGUUUUUUAGUAUCAAGAAUCAUCGAUAUUAAAUGCAGGAGAUCUAUUCUGGGAAUAUUAAAUUGUACUUAAUUUAAGUUCGUACCUUCACAUUCAUUGGGAAAACAUAAAAGAAUAAUUAUUUAUACGAUGGAAUCUAUUCAAAUAAAGUAUAAAUCGUAAGUUUAAUAUCGUGUUAAAAUUUAAAAAAAAUGGAGUUAAUUUAACUCGGUAUGAUAAAACAUAAUUUCGAUAUUAAUUAAUUUAAUGUAAAAACAAAUGAGUUUAAGUUAAAAGUUGAAUACUUAAAUAACAAAAUCAAAGUUUAAAGACUAAAAUUAACAUCAAUUUUAACUUUUUAACGCGUAAAUGCCCAGACUUUUAGAUAUUUUAUUAAUAUUACAUGUAUAAAGACCCCACAAUAUUAGAUCUCUAAAGUGCCAGAUUUAACUACUGUGCCACUGUAAGCACAAAAAAAAUUCCGCCUUUUGAAGUAUAUAAAUAAAUUAUUUUAUUUUAUAUUUUUGAUAAGAACUUUUAUUAUUUUUAAACCAUGAAAUUAUAAUAUAGUGUUACUAUUAUAAGAAUUAGGUACAUUGAAAAUAAUUAUAUGUUAUUGACCCUUUUCUCAAAUAUUACAAACUAUAAAUAUGAAAUAAAAUUAUAGUAUUAAUACAUGACCUAUGUAUUGUAAUGGUAUGGUAAAAAAAAAGUUAUUUAUUAAAAUUUGUGCCAAUAAAAAAAAAAAGUUAUACUGUGGAAAAAUACAUUUUUUUAAUAACGUUAAAAUGAUUAGUCUAUACACUCAAUGGCUUUCGGCGUGAUUCCUGAGUUGCAAAAUCGUUAUCUAUAUCAUCAAAAUUAAUUUCGUUAACUAAUUCUGUCUCUGAAAUAUUGCCGCUUUAAGCAUGAACUAACUUUGUUUAUUGGGAAAUACGCCUCUAGAUCUCUUAGACUAAAAAUGUUAAUAUGAAAAAUCUUUCAUGUAAAAUCUUAAAUUCAGAUCUCAUAGUAGUUCUGUGUAAUUCUAUUGUAAUGUAAUGUCACCAUAUUUCUCUUUGUAAAACUGUCAUCAAGCAUAAAUAAUCAAACAUUAAUAUUAGGAGUUUAAAAAGAAAUCCUUCGUAUCAUAUAUUAUUUACAUUUUACUUUUUUAAGGUAAAGGAACAACUCAUUUUGCAUAUGGAAGCGAUUUUCGUACAAUAUUAAUUUGAAAACAAUGUAAAAUUAUAUUAACUUAUAUUUUCCUGUAUGAAGUACCUAGGUAACGAGCUCGUAUACGCUAUUUGUAAUAAUUCAAAAAAUUUAAAAUACCUUGACGAAAAAUAUUUAUUGAAGUAUAAUAAUAAUAUGAAAUGUACUGUAAUAAAAAACGAUAAAAAGAAAUACGGCCAACUUAUAUAGAUACUUAAAUAUUAAAAUGUAUAUAUGUAUUAUGUAUAAUAUAUCUUACGAGUGACAGUAUGUUGAACAUUUUAAAGAUCUCAACAUUAAUGUGUCACGUGCGUAAAUAUUUCAUACUAUGUUCUGUUUCUUUAGGUACACGGGACAGAGAAAUAAUGGUUCAUGUAAUAGAGUAGUAAUAGUAUAUUUUAACAAAAUAUGAAAUAAUAUAGAAAAUUCGCAUGAAAAUUGUUUUCGGUCAAACCAUAAAUUCAAUAAAGGACGGAUUUCUGCUGGUUUUUUUGUCUAUAUAUGAGAAUUAUUUAGGUCGUAAAUCGAUUUUAAAUUUAAUUAUUUAUAUAUAUAUAUAUAUAUAUGUAUGUAUGACCUAUAUCUCAUUUUGUUACACACCGCCAUAAAUGGUAAAAUAUAAAUACAAAAUUUAAAAACCCGGAAAUUCUUCACACCCCGAAUGGAUCACUGUUCUAGGUGAGGCGUAGGGAAGGUAUAGACUAUUAUUUAUCAUUUACAUACUGAAAACAAGGAUAAAUUAUUGCCAUAAAAAACGAUUCUGAGUUGUGCUCGGUGUAGAGCUACAGCUAGAAUAUAAUAUUUGUUGUGUUCUUACACCUUGUAGCUAAGAAAACCCAGAAAUCUACAAAAAUAAAACCUACGGCAUCUAGAGAUUUUAUAUUACGUUAUGUGGCACCGGCAUUAUAACAAACUGUGAUAUCCCAGUUAUAGUAGUUAAUAGUUAAAAACUAUCACAUUGCGUCUCUUCUAGACAAAAUGAUAUCACAGAUACGAUGUUUCUCUCUUACCAUAACUACAGCCUUUCAUAAUUGAAAUGGAAAAUCAAAUUAUGUUGGCCUUAGGAAACUAUAUUUACAUUUAUGACUAUUUGAUUUUGAUCACCCGACACAUGUUCUAAUGCAGUUUUAAAUUUCAUAAUGAAAUUAAUAAUACUUUUUGUAAUGAUAUUUGAAAAUAUCUUAUAAUAUCUAUAAUUACAUUAGUAUAACAAUAAUUUAAUUAAGUAUAAAUAUUAUAAAUAAACAAAACAAUAAUCACCCUUUUUAAAUCAUUGGCUAUAGCUCUCGGCGAUUUUUCAAUCCUUGACUACCAGGUAAAUACAUUUUAUUUACCUACUCGAACAUAAAUUUUAUUAAUUCCUCAUCAUCGUCCAAGUAAUAAACGUGUAAUUAUUUCGGAUUGUGAUUUAGCAGUGCAGACAACGACCUGAGUGGUGGUACUAUACUACUUUAAAUAUCGGCGUUUAGUUUUCCACAAUAUUUCCUGGUGCUCCGAAUGAGGUCAUGAGAAAUUUUCACGUUUAUUAAGGUCUUUUAAAAAGUAUUUAGAAACACUUGAAAAGCUUUCCAAAAGCGUUUUAAUUGGUUCUGGCUGUAUAUCAAUCAAGGAAUACGAACAGUUCCACUUGAACAACGCAUACCAAUUAAAUAAUUGAUUCAUCUAUUGUAUUUUUAUAUUAAAUUAAAUGUACAAAGUAAAUUAAUUAUUUGUUAACAUAUUAAAGUACAUAAAUACUUAUGUAUAUUAUAUAUAUAUACUUAUAUUAUAUUAUAAUAUAUAGUUAUAUAUAUUAUUAUAUAUUAAAGUUACCUUUAAAUUCUAUCGCUUUCCAAUAUAAACAAAUAAUAACAAAAACAGCACUCAUUGUGUCAAUAUAAACUUCGCAAUCAUCUUAAAAUGGAUGUUUUUGUUUAUAUGAAAAAGCAGAUUGACAUUUUACACGUGUAAAUAGUAUACAUCACUUAAAUGAAACCAUCUUAAUAAAAUAUUACUUUAAUGAAGAUUAUUUGUUUAUCACCAAAAAAUCAAAAACGAAUUAUUUAAUGUUUACUUAUGCUAUUUCAACUGAAUAACUAGUUAAUCUAUACAUAUAUAUAUAUAUAUAUAUAAUAUAUAACUGAACAAUAAUUUAGAACUGUUAGAAACACAAAAUGAGGCAUAAUCUCAGCAGCCAGGAUAAUUAUAAUUUACAUAGAAGUAUAGACAAAAUUAAUAACUUUUAUUUAAUUGUUAUGUAAUUAUAACCAAAAAAAAAAAAUCAUACCUAUAUGGAUACAUAUAGGUAUGUAUAACCUGUCACUUAAAAUAUUAUUAUUAGAGUGGGAACUGAUACUUUAAAUUAUAAUCUUUGAAAAAACAUUUUAUUUUAAAAUUGUAUUUUUAAUUCGUCUCAUAUUGUGGUAAUAAACCAAUUAGUUUGUAGCGGUGUAUCGUAGCAGCAAUUAUACCAUAUACGAAUAUUGAAAUUCUCAUCAAAUAAUUAAUAUCGUGAAAACCAAAUAAUCUCUAAAAAAAUCAAUAAUAAUAAUGACUUAUAAUUUUUUCCCUUAACAAAAAUAUAUAACGGUUUUUGUUUUUAACGAUAAACAAAAUAUAAUCAAAUGAAAAUUGAAUGUCGGUUGUACAAUAGAUUGUUUUUUCUUUAAAUACAUUUAUAAUAAAAAAAAUAAUCAGUGGUCGAUGAAUAUAAAAAUAUUACUUUUAAAUUAAAACAAAUGUUUGGAAAAAUGAAUUUGGUCUUCAUGUUAUGAAAAAUAAAAUAAAAAUUAUUUAACGUUCAAUGAUAUCGCACACCUAUCGUUACAUUUCAAUUGAACAAAAAAAAAAUAUGUUUUAUAAUUGUAUUCAUUUCUUUCUCCGAAACGAGAUGAAACACAAUAUUAUAACGUUAAUUUAUUUAACUCACAGCAAGUAUUUUGUUUUAUAGUGAAUACAGAACGAUUCUUAUUUCAUAAUUCAGCAGUUUUCUAGAAGAAUUUUAAUUAAUUUUGUUUAGUAUUUUCCAACCAUUGUGGAAUUUCACAUAUUUAUAUACUAUUUAUUUUUAGCCCUGCUUUUCAUACCCUAAAUUAGUAUUAACAUUUGAUUUUGUAAUAAUAACCUACCCUCCUCCCCCGUCUUCAAAACAUAGAUUCAAAAACCCUUUCUCUACAUUUUUAACAACUAUACAACAAAUAAAUGGUUUUAUGGUUUUAAUAGUAAUGAAUACUUAGGUAUCAAAAUGUUUAAAAAAAUAUAAUCAUCGAAUCUAAAAGAAUAGAAGGGUAGCCAUUUUAAAAUCAAAAGUAUUUACUUAACGUGUGUGUGUAUAGUGUACGAAAUAAACGUAAAAAUAUAAAAACAUGCUCAUUUAACAACUACUGAAAAGAACCAAAAUCAAUUUUACUCUAAAUCUUCACUGGAAAAAUCUCUCGUAUUUUUACAAAAUUUAAAUAAUUAUGAUAAUGUCAAAUGGAAUAAUUCUGUAAACCGUAAUUGCGUGGUAUAUGUCACAAACGCAUAUUAAAUCUUUCGUUUCGAUUACAAUGCAAGUUUGAGACACAUAAAUGAAUCGUUUUUUUUACAUUAUCUUGGAUUAUUAUAGAAAAUAUUCAUACAGUGUCUAUCUAACAUCGGAGUUGUUUUUCCUUCUAUAAUUUACAAGUAUACGAAGAUUUUGAGUAAAAUUUGUUUUAGUUUUUUUCCAAUUAUUUAAAUACCGUUUAAUGAUUUCACUCACAAUAUAUUUACCCUUUCCGUACUACAAAUCACGUCAACAACACUACUUCCAUUUCAAACCAAAACGAAAUGUUAAUUUGCAUAACACUAAUAUCGAAUAAACUGUUUAUGAAUUAUUGGAUUAUAGCAGUUUAAAAUGCCAGAAAAUUAGAGAAAGGUUAACACCUAAAAGUUGAAAUGAAAUGUGUUUACCUUUCCUACUCCACUGGUAUAAAUUUAAACUUGUUAUAUACUAUUCAUUAUAUGGUAUAUCCGAUAAUUGUGUAAAAUUUAUAUUUUUAGAUAAAAAACGUUUACUCUUACCAUCGAAUUGUAUGCCAAAUAUAUUACCUAUAGUCUAUAAACAAAGUUCAAGUAAUUUUAAUAAUAAUCAUAAUUAAUACGAAUGAAAGCGAUUAAUUUUUCAUAUGGUUGAAUCAAUAAAUAAACUAGAGUAUAAUAAACAAAUUAGAAGUCUAAUUUAUGUUUUUAAAAAUUACACGACUCGUAUUUUAGAUUCUGAGUGUAGUGAAGGGUGUAUUGGUUUUACAAAGAUGUUUAUUAUUUUAUUUUUUUUUUUUACACUGUGUACAAUACUUUUACCAGAAAUCUUGCUCCGAAGUAUCAAAUAUAGUACUUUUUCUGAAAGAGAAUUUUCUUGGGAUAGUACUUUAGGCGAAGUAAUUUUUUGAUUUUCCCAAAGAUUUUCAUAAUAAAUGGGAAAAACCUUUUUGGGAAAACCAUUUUUUUCGGUAAAAACGGUUGUACCUUUUAUCCUCGAAUGGAUGAUAUCAUGUAGUAGAUUAGGGAAAAAAGUGGUAUCAUUGAGGUAUAUUAUAGGUAAAAAUAAUUUUCUAAUUUUACCAAACUGAAGAAAAUAUGGAAAACCGUUUCCAAUUUCCCUUAACGAAUAUAUUUAACAAAAUUAUCAUUACCAAACAAUAUUAUAAUAAUAUUAUUAUUACAUAUAUAGACUUCUUUAAUUUAAUUUUUUUUUUUUUUUCCAGUAUUUUGUAUUUGAUUUUCAUAUGCCAACCGUGAUGUUAUUUGACAAAAUCAUAACGCUGUCGGUAAGUCAUUUUCACGUUAUACAUUUAUAUUUACAAUAUUCUGUUUACAUAAUAUAUUGUUAUUAAUUUGUUAUGUAUUCGUUCCAUGUAAUAACAUAUAUUCAUAUUGCGCCAGUGGACUGUUCAUCAUUUUAACUAUACCUAAACAUUAAUAUUAUUUUUUGACGAAAUAACAUUUUUAAAAACUAUCCGUUUUUUGUCGAAAAUAAUAUUUGUAUAUAGCUGAAAUAUUACUUAACAGCAACUAAUUCAGUUAUUUUUUUUAUCUAAUGAUUGAUCUCUAAGUCUUAAUUGUUUUUUUUUUUUUUAAUAAAACAAUAACCUAAAAAUACCUGUACACUUCGAGAAAAUUAUGUUUUCGUAUUAAUCAAUUUGUUUUCCACCAACUAAAACCAAACAAACUUAAGGAGAUUCGAAAUAAACGAGGAUUCCUUUAUCUUUCUUUUUCUUACAUACACGCAGUUUAAUCGGCGAAAAAAAAGUUUAACGACACUUAAUAAGCAGAUAGCACAAAUAAUUAGUACAACAGUCGGUGAACAAAAAGACGAUUAAACCAACACUGUCAACUGUGAAGGUCUCGUUUACAUAGUAUACAUAGUCGUCAUAGAUCUGUUGUUUAUGUUUUGACUACUACGAACCACCUAUGACAGGCUCACGGGAUCAUGGCUGGUUUAAAACCACUGUGUUAGACAAUGAAAGUUAAGGACUCAGUGGCGUAAACAAGGUAGCGGCUAAAAGAGCUAUACAAGCUAUCCCCCCCUGAACUGUUUUUAUGUAUCUAUACUAUUUUAAAAUCUGAGCGUUAACUACUUUUCCAGUUAUUUCUUCUUGUCCUGAAAGAAUAUUUUCUACAUUGAACUGCAUAGAAAUUUAUUAUUUAAGAAGUACUAUUAUAUUAAAAAAAUAUUCGAUGGGUUAGCCACACAAAUAAAAAUAAAAAAGACGUCCUAGGAUAAUAAAGACGGGUGCAACCAUUGUUAUAGGUAAUUUAAUAUAUCUGUAAGCAACGAUAAACCAUUGCUAACGAAAAAAACGAUUCUAAGCGAAGUUCAGUUGAUAGUGAUACUUUAUCAACAAUAUAUAUCUGUCAUAUUAUGAUAAAAUAAUUAAAUAGGCAUUAUAUAUUUUCUUUAAUUUUGUUUAAUAAUAAUAUUAUACCUUUCCGUUUUUCCCGUUUUUUCACACUUACUGGAAAAACACUUGGGAAAAUCAAAAGAUUACCUCUCUAAAGUACCAUGGAGAUAAACUUUAAUUUCAGAAAAAGAGCUUCACUUGAUAAAUCGGAGCAAGAUUUCUGGUAGAAAAGUUUGCAUAACAAAUCGAGGGGUAUUUUGUCUUGUGAGGUACACGCAAAAUGCAUUUGUUUUUUCCUUGUUUAAAAAAGGAAACCUUUUAAACUCGAGACCCCCUACAUAAUAAUAGACAUAUAUAAACAUUAAAUUACGACAAAUUUAAGAGACAAUUUAGAGUUAUUUAAUAUAACAUAUAAUAUCCGCAUAAUAUCAGAACUUCAAAAAGCUAUAAUUUCGAAAUUUAGUUAGUUCGCUCAAUUUUAACUUCACUAUCGUUCUUAAAUUGGCAAUAUACACAUGUUAAAAAAAAAAAAAAAAUUGAAAAAUUAGAUUUGUUCCACAUAAUUUUUUACUCAAACGUUUUUCGUCAAAAUUUGAUAUUAAAAAUCUUUUUAAAAAAAAAAAAAACUACACUAAGUUCCAAUGCUUUUUAUUUUACCACAAAGUACUACAUUUAAUGGACCUCCCGUUCAAUUUUCAAACAUUUCUGUUUAGUCUAACAAUUUCAUCCACACAGUGCCUACCAAACAAAAAUUAUGCAAGAAUCUCACAAAAUUAAAAUAUCUAUAAAUUACUCAAAAAUAACCAAAAUGAUUUAAACAUUUUACAAUGUUUAAAAAAGGCAAAUAUUAGUGCCCUGACAAAAUUUUAUGUCUCUACGAAUAUUGUAAAAAAUUUGAAAAAUAAUAAAAACAUUAUUUUCGUACAUUUACUAUUUUCCUUGCGUUUUAUCCUGGUUUUUCCCAGAUAUUAUGAAAAUCACUUGGAAAAUCAAAAAACGAUCUCCUAAAAGUACCAUCUCAACAACAAUCCCUUUUAGAAAUAGGGCCGCACGUUUAUAUCUGAGCAAAAUUUAUGGUAGAAGUUUUGUACACAAUAUAGGGAAAAAAAUAAACAUCUCAGUAAAACCAGUACAUCCUUCACUACACUCAGAAUCUAAAUAUCUAAAAAUUAUAUAAUCACUAUUUUUGCUCAAAAAUCUCCUAAAAGGAUAUAUAGCUGUCACUAUAAUUAGAAAAUGAACCGAGAUAUUAAAUUCUUAUUUCGUUAUUGAGUUUUUUUUACCAAUUUUGAUCAAUUCUGUUGAAAUGCAUAUUGUUGAAAACACGUCUUUUAGAGGGGGUAAUCGAACCCCACAAACUCGCUAACCUAUACCCAUGAUUCAAGUAAAAACUUGCUUAAUUAUCCCUCAUUAAAAAUCCUGGUUACGCCACUUGAGGAAAUCUCCGUUCCAUUUCGAAUCCCCUUAACAUUUAUGAUAAAUAAUUUAAUAUUUUUAUAAAUUUACAGUAUUUUAAUAAUAUAUUUAACAAUAACCAGAAAAAAAAUGCGAGCGUUCAAUUUAUUAAUUAAAGAAUAUUAAACCAUCCGAUAUACUGCAUUAUAAUAUUUUGAGUUAUUCGGUUAUUCAAAUUUACUUUUUAAAUGGUUAAUUUGGUUUUGACUUUUUCCUAUAAUUUUACAGUUUAAAAAACAUUUGUGGUUAUUUUAGUAAAAGUUAAUUGCAUUUAAAUAUUCAUAACAAUCGUAUAAUGUAUAAAUAUAAUGCACAAUGUCAAUAACUACAAUUAUAAAAAAUAAUUUUAAUUACAAUUUACACGAACCAAAAUAUAUUCAUAACAUAAUAUUUUUAACCGUUACCUAUUUUAAAUACUAAUUGCUAAUUAAUAACACACACAUUUUAUAGCAUAUUAUAUUAUGCUGUACAUUUAUUAUAUACAUCGAAAUGAUUAACUUGAAAUUGAAAUUUUUAACGAAUGUAUUAUAUUUUAUAUAAGUACUCAUAGCUUAUCAAAAAUGUAUAUGAUUGAUGAUUAGAUGAAAUUAAUAUUUUAAUAUUAUAUUUGUAAGUCAAUGCUCUAACAAUGCGUAAAUACAUUGAAAAGAUAUAUUUUCUUAUUAUUUUUUUUUUCUUUAUAGUAUUUUCCUUUAAAACAUGUGUCUUUAUGAAAAAUAUUCAGGUUUUGCAUUCUAAAAAAAUUCUAAGGUCGGGAACGGUGGUUGGAUCGUUCAAGAUCGACUUACACACCGUCUAUGACACGCCCGGUACAUUGCACAUACUUUUUUUUCUUAAUUUCAUUUAUUUUUAUUUUUAUUUUUCUUUUUCUUUUUUUAUAAUCAUUUAUACACAGUUUUUUUUUCUGUAUAUCAACCACGUAAUGCAACAUGAUAUAAUACACAAUAUAAUUAUUCUUUCUCUGUAUAUCUUUUCUCUUGUACACAUACCUACACUAUAUAUACUCCACGCACGCCACGCGAACAUACACAAAUACAUACAAACUCAAACACACAUAUACGCGUUUUUAACCAUAUUAUUUAUUACAUGAAAUGGUACACGAAUUUUGACUUACGUAAGUUUGCUUGUUUACCGUGAAUUGUCUUAUAAUACUGUGGUCGUAUAAGUAACUCGAAAUAAUCCAUAAUAAUAAUAUGGCGUCUCCAAAAUGUACCAACACAAAACCAUUUAUAACGCUUGCGAUAUUAGUAUAUAUUACAGUCUGUAGUGGCAUACCUACAAUACAGGAUUUUGGCCUGAUAAGAUCACGGAAACACGUUAUAUUAUUAUUAAUACAACGUAACAACCUAAUAUUUUUGGGAUUUCCUCCUCGCGGUGCACCCUGGGUAACUCUAAAUAAACUGGGACGCAUUCGGGCUACGAUGAAAAAAUAAUCAUUUUUUUUUUUUAUUGGGACGCAUUCAGAUGAUGGUCACAUAUUCCGGACGCACUCGGGACAUUAAAAAAUAAUCAUUUCGGGAUGCACUCGGGCAACUCUGAUUUUAAGACAAGGUGAAUCCAACCCCCAUUAUUUAUUACUUAUUUCUACAAAGAUUUCGAAUGCAUUUGAUAGUUAGUCUUUGAUGGCUGCGAAACCUACUUUUAUAUUUGUUUUAAAAAUAUCCGUGUAAAUGUUAACAUGGUUAAUAUAAUAAUUGAGAUUCGUAUUUCAUAUAUUAUAAUAUUAUAUUAUUAUAAUGUUUACAUUUAUUGCGCCUAUCAUCACAGUUUUGAAUAUAAACAUGUGAACUUGUUUUUUUUUUUUUUUUAUUAUUAUUAUAGAAUCCUUUAAUGAUCAUAUUGUUAUUUACGAUAUUUUCACAAUUUCACCCUUAUUCUCUACACCGUAAAAACACAUCAUACUAGUAUUAUAAACUAUUGAUUAUUUUCAAAUAGCCGGUCAUGUUUUAAACUACGAUUUGAAAAGAUAAUUUUUUUCUAGGAAUAUUGAUAUUAUGCAUUUAUGCGUAACAGUCCACAUAAUAUCGGAUUAUAUUGUUAUAUGAGUUAUAACAAUUUAUGGUUUACGCAAAAGUAAUAUGGGGGAAAAUAAUUCAUCUAAACGCAAAUAGUAAAAAUUAUAUUAAAACCAAAUCGAAUUUAUUCAACACCUUUGCUGAUUCGGUACAAAAGAAUUACCCUGUAUAGAAACCCAAUCUGUCUAACAAUAAUAAUAGUAUGUUUGUGCUUUCGUGUGUGUUCUAGAACUAACAUUUUAUAUUACACGAUAGGUAUUUAAAAAGUCUAUAUUACUUAUUUGUAUUCGUUAAUUUGUUUAUUUUUAUUGUUUAUUUGUUGAAUAUUUUCUGAUUUUUCGGAAUGCUUUAAACAAUUUUUAAGUUUAUAUUUUUAUUUAAAAAAAUAUUAUACUACCCAUAAUCUAUAUUUUUGUACUUCGAUCGACAACCGAAUACAAAAAAACCAACUCACAUAAAUACUUAAGAUUAGAUUAGGUAACUGCGUGUUGCUAUAAAUGCAUAUAUAAACAAUCGUUAUAAGCUAUUUAAAUAUAAAAUCAAAGAUGGGUCAUGAUUUUUGUUUAUUUAAAAAAAUAUAAUGUACGCAAAACGUACGCGUAUUAAAAAAGUAUAAAAAGUAAACUAAACAUUUUUAUUUUAAAAAGUGUAUAGUAAAGUUAUUCCGGGAUGCGAUUGGGAUUUAUUGUAUUAUUUGUAUUUAUAAUACAAAAUUCAAAAAUUAUAAUAAUAAGUAUUAGUUAACAUCUUUUUUUGAUGUUAGCUGAUACCCAACAACAAUAAUACAAAUAUUAGUCCAUACAUUCUUAUAUUUUCUAUUGUUCUUUUCAUUAAUAAAUAUAAAGGAUGUCCCACAAAAAAAAACCUAAUGUAUUAUCUCUAGCGAUAAUAAUGAUAAGCAAAUUCUGUUGUUUUUCUUUUUUCAUACUUACAAGAAUAAAACUUACAAAUAACAUUUAUGCUCAAAUUUAUUUUUCAUAUAUUAGGAAAAAUUUGAAAAGAUAACUUUUUAUUUUAUUAUUUUUAUAAACUUUGGAGAUUUGGAGAUAGCCAUAUUAUAGAAUUUAUUCUAGUGAAAAUAUUGAGGUUUCAACUUUAUUUUUCAGUAAAUACGUGAUUUUUAAUCAUUUUUUUAAAGUUCUGAGAAAACACAUGUGCAGCCAAUUUAACCAUAAUAAUAAUAUUCAAUUAGCGAAUAUAAUUAUAACCUGCUGCAUAAUUAUUGGUACUUUUUUCUGAAGUAAUAUUAAAAAAAAAAAAAAGAAUUUGAUUAUCUUUAUUAUCACCGGAGAUAUUUCAAUGGGCAUAUCUUCGUGGAGCACUCUGAAUAGAAAAAAAAUUGAUGGAUUUAAAAUCAAUCGAACUUAAAUUAAUAUCAUUAUUUAUCAUAUUAUCCAGACAAAAUUAAUAUUCCUAAACCGUUCAACUGUACAUUUUUAUAAAACGGGUAUCUACUUUAUAAUUAUAUAGGUAAUUUAAUUUAACGCGUUGAAUAAUUAUUUGUUUUUAUUUUUUUAGUGGGUUUAAAUUUAAAUUACAGGUUGGCAAAAAAACUUUAAUAAUAAAAUAAUAUAAAGUAAGCAUAGCGUAAUAUUAUAACAAAGGUGAAAAAAGGUUUUUUUUUAUUAUUAAAAUUCGUAGAUUACGACAAAAUAUAAUUUAAAUUGGAUUCUUUCACACUUAUCCCGGAUGGCGGCUUUUAUUUUACGUUUAUAAUAUUUUGUUAUUAUUAUUACCUGUCAAGAGUGUAGUUCUGACGGAAUUAAAAUAUGUUUAAAAAAAAAAACAUAAUAUAAUACCACCUUAUGUCGAUAGUACGCGUGUUUGAGAAAAAUAUAACGUAUAAACUGUAUUAUUUGUAUUAUAGGCAGGUUAUAUUAUAUUUAAAUAUAAAAAAAUAGCAUUUUAAUAUUUAAAUCGUCUAGGUAACUUAUUAAUACACUUGUGUAAUAGUUUGAAAUUCGUGGCGCAACAUCGUCGUCACGUUAUUGUUUAGUACGGAUUCGUCCUUACCCGCGCAUAAAAUAGAAUUUAAUCUUUAGAUAGUACGUGCACAUACUUAUUUCAAGUUUGUUUCGACAUAUUCAAUUCGUGAGUUGAUAUGAUUAUUAUUCGAAGCAAUAUUAUGUAUAUGUACAGGGUGAUUCACUAAGUAUGCUCACCUCAUCUUUGUUGGUUAAAUUUUGUAUACCUUUUUUCAAAUUCUAAUUUUUGGAAUUUUUUAAUUUAGUUAAAGCCGAUAUUUUUGAAUACUUAGAUUUUUUACGACAUUUAAGGACUAUCCUUUUAAUGUAAUACCAACUUUGAUUUUUCAGAUAAGAACUUAUAUUAAAAAUUCCAUAAAUAAAUGGAGUAUCACACAAAUGGUACUCCGCCACUACUCUUCCCUUACGUAAACUUGAAAAUAAAAUAUCUCAUUAAUGGAAAAUGAAAAUGAAAAAUCUCGACACCAAAAUGUAUUUAAAUUAAUACUCCGUUUAUUCGUGCAAUUUUCAAUAUUUCAAUUUUCAUGUUCUCGUUUGAAAAACCAAAAUUGGUAUCGUCACAGGAUACUGCUUAACAGUUGUGAAAAAUCUAAAUAUUCGAAAUUAUCGGCUUUAACUGCAGUUAAAAAUUCCAAAAAUCAGAAUUUGAAUAUAUUGCAAAAUUUAACCGAAAAAAAUGGGGUGAUUCAUUCUAUACAAAUAUGUAUAUAUAUAUAAUAUACGACACACGUACACUUUACACUUGUACGUCUAAAUUACGACGGAAAGAUAAACCCUCAGUCCGUAGUGUAUAGCAUAAUAGUCCGUGUUUACCUAUAAAAUAAAAAUAAUAAUUUCACGUGAAAUGCAUAAUAUUAUAUUAUUAUAACAAUAUUGUUUUGAUUUUAUACGCCGACACAUUUUGUACCGUUUCGUCGCACGAAUCGCUGGACUUGUAUUUGUUUUUUUUUUUUUUUCUUGUGUUUUCUGUCUGUCUGUCCGUCGAAAACUCGCAAAAGGUCUUACAAUCCAGACACAUAUUAAAAGCGUCGAAACUGUGGGGCAGCUUUAAAUUAGACGUUGGCACCGUCUGGUACCAGCCAGGUACAUUAUACCGAUAGACAUUAUAGUAAACUUCCUAAUAUAUAUAUAUAAAUAUAUAUAUAUGAAAAUUGUAUAGAAAAAAAAAAUUUAUAAUAAUAAUAAUGAUACCUAAUAAUAAUCAUGUACAAUGUAGAUAAUAUUAAAAAGUAUUGAGUGUACCUAUGUAUAUUAAUAUGUAUAGUUUUGUUUUAAUUCGUUUGGUAUUUUUUUUUUUUUUUUCCGGCAACGAUAUGACCUCAUAAUAAUAUAUUAUCGUACCUAUACUCGGCUGUAUUAUAUUAUACUAUAUACUCACAUCUUAUAAUAUUCCGCAACAGACAUCACAGUGCUGUAUUUUUGUAUAGUUCAUUUUUCGUUCUCGCGUAUUACAUACCAUACAGUAUACACGGGUAUAUUGUGUUGCCGACCACCGUCGUCUCAUUAAUUUUACCAUUUGUUCGCCGCAUGCAUUCCAUCCCCACGUAUGUAGUGUAGAUAGGUACCUCCGUGCCUAAUACGUCAUAAUAUAAUAUUUGAUUCCACCGCCCCUUGUACGUAGUUAUGGUCCCUCUGUGUAUUUUUUUUUUUCACUUUUUAGCAUAUUUUCCUUUUCUCGUAACUAUAUUCACUACUAUAUUAUAUAUUUUAUUAAAACUUCAAAACAUAUUUACUUGUAAAAUACUAGGUAAAUAUAUUACAUUUUUCUUUCGUUUACUAUUUAUUUUUUUUUUUUUUUUUUUUUUUUCGUAUAACGCACUUAAAUAUUUUUAUUCUUAGCUGUCGGCGUGCAACGUGGGGCUGUACCUCCUUUGCUUUUCCAACCGGUCUUUGACGAUUUGCAUGAUGGUUUUCUUAUAACAAAUAAGUAGGCACACGUCACCGUUUUCGAUUUGUUCAAAACCUUAGCCGAGAUCUAUUUGAACACAACUAGUUAAUAUCACUAUAGGUUUUAACAUAUUAUUGUAUAGACACGUACUUAACGAACGCUAUUAUGUACGAAAAAACUGUGCAGAAAUCGGGGAGGGAAGAAUAAGUCUACCUAAAUAUUUUAUUAGCCGCCUUAAAAUUGGUCGUGUUUCAUAUAAAUAUGUUAUAUUCUUUUCACGUUUCAGAACUUUUCGCAUUUUAUUCCCCCAGAAAUUUUAAUGGAUUCAUAUGGUCAUAUUAACGGCUAGGUAUAUUAACGAGUAAAAAUGUUUAUCAACUUAGCUUUUAACUUUUGAUUGUUUUAUAUUAAACUGAAAAUAACGAUGUACUUUUUUUCUUUUAAUUUUAACAUGAAUUUCAUUUAUAAAACUCAAAAUAAAUUUUCAGAAUUGUUUUUUUAAAUUAAAAAUGUUUCUACUUGAAAUCGUUAGUUAAACUAUAUCGAAAAUAAGCUAUAAGUAUGUUACAAAUAUUAUUAUAGUUUUUAUUGACGAUCGAUUGCGGUUACUAAACUUAGUGUGCGCAAUUGAUCGUUUGAUAUUUUAAAUAGCGCGGGAAGGAGGUGUACUCAAUAUAGACCCACUCAUUUUACUUAUAGAUAGGUAUAUAGGAUAUACAACUUAGCUUUUGGAAAUUAAUCAAAUAAUGAAAACCGACUUCAUAAUAAAGGUUCCGAACAGGAUGUCCCGUUUAAAUUAUUUAUACCGCCACUGCCGCACAGAGAAGGUUAAAAUAAUCAUUGUACAUUUCGUUACUGUAAUAAUUAGUUCUCGAAAUGUUUAACUAACGAAAUGCAAUUAUUAUGAAGGUAGUAGAAUAUAAAUCAUUACCCCGUAGUACUCAAUAUUAUAUUUGAAUACAAUUUCAAAUACACAAAAAAUUCGUAUACAUCUUGUAUAUAAGUAUAUAACAUCCUUAAACGCUGAAUAGCUACGAAUACUAUUCCUUCGUCAUCACUUAUAUUUUUUUUAUUUGUAGAUAACUUUUCUACCAGAGAUCUUGCUCAGAUUUUUAAGAGUAGCACCUUUUCUGAAAGGAAAUAGGUGUGUGGAGGUACUUCUGAGAGGUUAGGCUAUUUUUAUAGGCGGUCAUUUUUCGAUUUCCUAAGAAGUUUUUCAAGCAAAUGUUACAGAUCAGGAAAACAUGGAAAAAUCAGAUCAAUGUUAAAAAAGACGUCCUAGGAUAAUGGGGACGGGUGCAACCACUGUUAUAGGUAAUUUAAUGUAUUAAACGAUAUUAUUUACGAAAAAACAAUUCUGAGCGGAGUUCAGUUGAUAGUGAUACUUAGUCAACAAUAUAUAUGCCAUAUUAUAAUAAAAUAAUUAAAUAGGCUCCAUAUAUUUUCUAUAAUAAUAUUUUUUUAAUGUUGUACCGAUUUCCCCGGUUUUCUUAUGUUUUCCCCAGUUUAUCACAUUUGCUGGGAAACCUCUUGGGAAAAUCGUAAAACAACAUCUCUAAAGUAUAUCUCCCCAGUGAAAUGUCCUUUCAGAAAAAUGUCUAUCAUUAAAAGUUGAAGCAAAUAUUCUGGUAGAAAAGUUGUCUACAGGAAAAAAGAAGGCCAUAAUAUUUUUAGCUAAUACCGACAUCUCUUACAUUUUUCCGUUUUUUUCGGUUUUUCGUGACAGACAAGAUUUCAAGUGAAAACGAUUUUGAUUUUUCCAAUCAUUAUACAACUAUAAAAUGAUCUUACUACAAUGUUUUCAAAAUGUUAUCCUAAUUUCGUAUACUAUCAAUAUCUACAUGUCAGCGUUAUCAAAUAUUUUAUUUAUAAGUUUAUGAGUUGUAACAGUUUAAAAUUUAGACCAAGUGACUGUGAAAAGCAAAAGUUGACAUGUGUUUAUGGUGUACGAAAUUAAAGUGAACAAUUUUAAAAAUAUUGUAAUUGUUAAGAUCAUUGGACAUUUCAAAAACUGAAAAACAGCCAAAAUCAAUUUCUUAUUCCUUCUCAAAAUCUUUAUAGAUAAUCGCUGACCAUGAUAAUAAAAUCACUCUGAUUAGUAAUCGAAAAACGAUAAAUAAAUGAUCAAUAUAAAAUAUAAUUAUUCGAAUAAAGAACACACAAACUAUAAUAUAAAUCCAAAACAAUUAUUAUAACUUAUUUUCAAUAACAAGUUUACUUUUUAAAGACGUAUUUCAUAAAAAAGAAAAGUUCUGAAAAACGAGAGUAACGAAAUCAUCAAGUAAAUAUUUUAUAAGUGGAUACUUUUAUAUUAUUAUAAUUUUAAGGUCUGUUUAAAUACCUAUUUUCUUCUCUUUAUAUUAUUUUGUUUGUUGUUUCCCUUCCUCCCCCCCCCCUCGGGCCGAGGGAUGAUUUUGAACGGUGGUCCAAAGACUUUUUAUGCCAUCAAACAAAAAUAAUUUAAACAAUUUUGAACAUAAAUCUCAAAUAAUAUUAAACAAAAAAACCACCGAGAUAGUGAUCAAAACUUUAAAAAAACAACAAAAGCACGGAAAGGUUCUGAGGUCGAAAACGGUUUCGUUCAUUAUUUUUGUUCUUCUUAAAUUAAACGCAAAGAUAACGCUAAAAAAAAAAAACAUAAAUAAACAUUCAUAUUUAUUGUUUUCAUUUAUUUUUAUUACAUGAUACAUAAUCCGAAAAUCUGUGUAACGCCGGUGUGCCGUGGAAAUAAUUUCAGAACAUCAAUUCUAUCACAAAUGGGCUCUACUCACUGACCCUGACGACAUAGUCGGCGGACCUAAAGGAUACUUGAAAUGUGACAUCAGUGUGAUCGGAAAGGGCGAUACCAUCAAAAUACCGCCGAAAACCGAAAAGGACGAAGACGACAUUGAGGCGUGAGUUACGAGAUCCAAUUGCGUUUCGUCUCCGAAUUUACUUUCUAUUCCUAUUUACAUUUCGAGUGGAUUCCAUUAGUUCGGUUUUUUGUUCACGAUCGUCACACACUGAAUCAUUAUCGACAUUAUUUAUUUGCAUAACAAUUUGGCAAAAUACGUGUUUACUCAAAUAUAUAUUAUACCCACUCACACAAUUAUUUUGUCAAAUUAUCGAAUACGGUUUUUUUGAGGAGAGAGGGGGCUUUUGCAUAUUAUUAUAAUGAAUUACGUAACAAUAUGUAUUUAACUAUUAAGUUUCUAUAGCCGGUUUAGUUAAUGAACUAUAAACUGGGGAUAGUUAUAAUAGUAAUCUUAAUUUGUUUAUUCGAUCGGGGUUUUCGUGCACGUUGGUUGAAUAAUAAUUUUAUAAACCCCGAUAUUAUAUGAAGCCCUCACUUUAUCUUCAUUAGUGACGAUUACGUCUAACUUUCUUAGCUACGUCCUUAAGAAGCUACACUCUAUAUCUUCAAUUAUAAUUAACAAUAUUAUUUUUUUCUCAAUAUAUACAUAACAAUCAUCAUUAUAGUACCCUAGUUUUUACAAACGGUUCUUUGAAUCCAACAUGAGUAGGAUAUACUAUUUUCUUUGCAGAUCUCCGUAUUCAAUCAGCUGCCAACUUAUCUCCGUAUAUUUCUUCUUUCACGACAGAAUGCAGUGUCAUUCUAGAAACAUUUAUUUGCAUCAGAUCGCUCCAUCCUAGUAAUUUUCUUAUAAUGUCCGGUUUUCAAGCCAGCUUUUUAUCCUUAUCUGGUAAUAUCUUUAAUUCUCAGUGCUCCCCAAUCAUAUUAAAAAUCCACGAUUUACUUCUUAUUUUCAAAAUCAGUGACUUUGUUAUCUUAUGCUUAUGGGUUCUUGGUCAUAUUGGUAUCUCGGGCAACAAGAGAGCCAAUGUCUGUAUGUUUUACUAAUAACAUAUUUUUAUCAGGUCUUUCAUUAUAUCCUUAUUCUGAUCUAAACACUAUCCACCGCAAAUCAAUACGUAAACAUUGGUAAUCUUUCAAUCACCUAUGCCACUACAUACAAAGUAGUUUCCCCUACCAUUUCCAUGCAACCAUAGUUUCAGACCACUCCGGUAAUAAUCAGUCGCGCUCUAAUAGUUAUGUUCAUAAAACUUCGUAUGGGUCACGAUCUUUUACCAAAUCAUUUUAAGGCUUCAAUUUAGGCCUUAACAGUCCAGUCUAUAUCCUCGCUAAGUGCGGCAUAGAAUUUUGCGACUUUCGUAAUUUAUUAAUGUUCUGUCCUGCUCUCCUUUCUAAUAGAUACAAUUUAAACAUUUCCUUCACUUCUCUUCGCACUAAUUUUUCAGAUACCAACGCUAUUUACUCUAAUAAUAUCACCUUAAUUUAAAAUAUUAUUUAUUACAAUCUUCGAUUUAGUCUAAAAAUGUAACGACUGUGGGGUUUACUCACUUUAUUCUUUUUUUUCUCUUUUUAUACUUUAUAACGGCCAACGUGUUUUAUAUAUAUUACAAAUCGUUUAUAUCCUGUAUAAUUGUUGAAAUACAAUAAUUUAUGUUAAAAUUUAAUAAGAAAAACAUUAUACUCGUAUUCCACGUAUUCCCAAUGUUUUUUUAUAAAAUAUUAUUAUAUAAUAUGAUAAUGUAUUGUGUACGAUAUGUCGAUAAUAAUUGUGUGUCUGGGUUUACAUUCAGAAAUCUUUUGUUGCCCGACGGCGUGCCGGUUGACCGCCAGAGAGCCAAGUACGUGGUUCGUAUAUACAGGGCCGAUGGUUUGCCGAAAAUGAACAGUACGCUGGUGGCAAACGUGAAAAAAGCAUUUACUGGAGAGAACCGAGACCUGGUUGACCCCUUCGUACAAGUGUCGUUCGCCGGACUGACGGUAAGUUAAAUUACCGAUUAAUCUCUAGACUCUAGAGAAACACUCGAUGGUAUACAGUAAGUUUAAUAUUACUAGACUGUAAAACUUAAAUAUCAACAAAAAUAAUAAAAAAAAAAAAAAAACCUCUUUUUAAACCACCAGUUGUAAUAGUUCACUAUUAAUUCGUGAAUUUCAUAAUAAUAUGAACAGUUGUAUCUAAUAGUUUAGUAUAUAAGUUGUGUAUUUAAAACGAAAGGUAAGAAAUCAACAAGUUCUGUUUUUAACUGAGUAUAUUUAUUUUAUAUAAAUGAUUACUAUAUAUAUAUAUUACUAAUUAUUGCGAGCGUGAAAACAAAAAACAUAAAGUUGAAAAUAAAGAAAGAAAGAAAGAUAAUAUUUGUUGUUACUUUGGACAAUUAUAACACGUGGGAUCUAUAUUAUUAUCUACCUAUUUUGAAAUCAGUACUGAUACUGUGAUAUAACUAUAAACGAGUGUAUGGAACAUUUUGACUACAAUAAUUAUAAAAUAUUAUUUAUAAAGACUAAUUUGAAGAAAGAAUGUGUGGUAUUUUGUAAACCACACAUACUUAUUGUUAUUUUUAUAUAUUUAUAUAUAGUAACCCACCAUCCUCAAUCGAAUUGAAAAAUUAUACAGAACGUAAUAAUAUGCUAGCGGCAUUCUGUAAGAUUGAAUUAUUGACGUGAAUCGAAAAUACUCUAUACUAUGAAAUAUUUUUAUCCAGCACAACGCCUUUUUAUACUUCGGUAACUAUUCGUGUCACUGUCAGUCAGCAUUUUCAACAAUAUAAUAACGAUUUGGUACACCAGUAGUGUCAUAUUAUACUCAUAUAAUACGAUAACACUAUUCGUAUAAUAUUUACAAAAUGUUAAUAAUAGAUACUUAAUACUAAUUGAAAUAAACCAUUAUAAUAUAGUAAUAUUCAGUAUGUAUAGAUAAUAAUUUAUCGAAUCGGUCUUGUAUACCGAAAACUGAACUAUAAUAUUUAUAUUUCAUUAAAAAUGGAAAAAUAUUCAUUAUUCAAUAAUGCAAUUUCAUUUAAUUCGUUUAAAAUAUAAGUCAUGUGCAUUAAUUUUAGAAUAUUGUAAUUAUGUACCUACUCAGAUAACCAUGGGACUCUCAAAUCCCGAUAUUCUAUAUUGAUAAAACAUUAUCAUAAAUCAUUUAACUACGUUAAAAAAAGAUUUAUACAUUUUAUUUUACCAAGAUUUGACAACAACAAAAUGUAGAACAAAUGAAUAAAUGACGGAACUGUAUCUAAUUGACUUUAAUAUUAUUCAAAACGCAAACACAAUUGUUACAGCCUUAUAAGCUAUUGCGAUAUAAAAAUUUAUAUUACAAAUUUAAAUACUUUUCAUCUUUAACUCAAUAAAUAACUUACUGUUCAAAAACACUUAUAGUCAUUAGUAUGCAAUUUGAAAUAAAUGACUAUAAAUAAUCGAAAACAUUAUGAAUUCUAGACACAAAGUGAACCUCCACUUAGCUAGUACAUAAUACAUAUACACCUUAACCUUUAUGCAAAUAUUAUGAUAUCUCGAUAUAAAUAUAAAUUCUUAAAAAUAAUAAUAUCUAUAAACUUUAGUUUGAUAUAUUAUUUGUUGAUUGUAUAAAUUAGGUGUACUAUUUUAGUAUUUAAUACAAUAAAGUGCAAUAAUUUAUCAAUUUCAAACAUUUCAAACAAUUAAUUUUUAUCAAACCAAGAUCAUAAGAUAAUAAUCUUACCAAUAACAUUACCAAUCUCGAUUAAUUGUACCUAUAAAUUACAAAGUGAAGUAUAUUUAAUAAAGAAUGUUUUAUCUCGAUAACGAUAUUCUGAAACAAAAUAUUAUAAACAUUUUCAGGAUGUAACCUCCUAUCGUUAAUUAGGGAUUAUUUAAAAUUGAGUUUUAUACCGUAUAAUUAAUGAAUUAUUAAAAUUAAAAAAAUGAAGUUGAUCGUUAGUAAAAUUCUACUUUAAUAUUUCAGUGUAAGUUUAAUAAAACCAAUUACGAAAAUUGCUAUAUCGAAAAUGAUCGUCGUUUCCUGUUUUCCUCUUAUUUCUUAUUAUUUAUUAGGUUUUUAAUUUAAAAUCGAUAUUUUCUAAUUUAUUUCGUUUGUAUUUAUUUUCUUAAAAAAUCAAAUUCAAUAAUCCAUCAUUUUUAAAAACUAGGAAACCACAACGUUAAAAUCUUAAGUUUAAUUAAUAUUACAUCAACUAAAGUAUGCUAACAGCCUAGCAUAUAAAUACACUUUUAGGUAGAGGUAUCUACAUGACAGUAUAAAGAUAAUUUUCAGUUUAUUAAAUUACUAGCAAGUAUUUAUUUAAUAGGUACCUAUUUAAUAACCAAAUAACUAUAAAGCAAUACGGUGUGUGUUCCAAGUAUCAAUUAAUUUUAUAAUUAUAUAUUACCUAUAAAAUAACAUAUGUAAAGUAAAAUAUAAAUUUAAAAAAUACAUUCACAUUAUUUGUAUACAUAAUGCAUAUGACUGAAAAAUUAAUAAUUUUAUCAGGAUUUAUGACAUAUAUUUAUCAAGUUAUUAUUUGAAGUACGUACUAAUAAAAUAAAUAAACAAACCAGCAUUAGGAUUUUUGGAACAUGCAUCAAAAAACUCGAAUACAAACAGAAAAUAGUGAAUUUUAAAUAAAUUGAUGAUGAAACAUGCCUAAAUAUUUUGUGUACAAAGGGCAAGACGAGCGUUCGGAAACACAGCUACUCACCGGUGUGGAACGAGCAAAUUAUUUUUUCCGAAAUGUUUCCGCCACUUUGCCAGCGAAUAAAAAUCCAACUGAGGGACAAUGAUCCGGUGAACACGAUCAUCGGCACCCAUUUCAUCGAUCUUAAAACCAUAUCGAACGAUGGUGAAAGAGGUAAUAAUUCAUUCAAAUUGCACUUAUAAAAUGUGGAACAUAUAAUAUUACAGGGUAUAAUAUGCACUGCUUGCACAUAUUAUUCUAAUAAUAAGCUAUUCGAUGUGAACUUCAAAAUGUCACCACAUCACUAGACGUUUUUCGGUAGAAAUCUAUCUAUUUAGAAUAUAUUUUUCCUUUGAGGAUUGACUUUCAUAAAAAAAAAAUAUGCAAUUUUAAUUGAAUAAUUAAUUAUAAUUAUAAUAAUAUUUUUGAUUACACUUUUAUUAAGAUUGGAAUUAUAAUAUUAUAUAAUAAAUAAGUAUAACAGAAAUAAAAUUGGCAACAUAAAAACUAUUUAACUGUUACUUGAUAAACUGACAACAUAUAAUCUAAUAAGACAAAAAUUAUCGACAGUUGUGAUUUAUCAACUAAUUAUAUAGGUAACAAUAAAUUCUAACAAAGGAAGAUUGAUAUUGAAUUUGUCGGUGAAGUACCAUUUGGCCACCCUUGGUAAAUCCCAUACAAUAUAAUAUUUUAAUUUUUCUUCAUAUUAGGAUUUCCUCCUACUUUCGGACCGACUUUUAUACAUAUGUAUGGAUCAACAAGAGAUUAUAGCAUUUUAGACAAACACGCGACGCUUAAUACUGGUCUUGGAGAGGGGGUUUCAUACAGAGCUCGAGUAUUAGUAUCGAUUCGUACUGAAAUUACCGAAAACACGGAAUUCAUGAACUCUGGCGUAGAUGUUGAACCGACUUAUCCAAUUACAGAAGUAUGAUAUUUAUUGAAGUAUACUAUUUUAAACUAUUUAAAUCAUUAUACUCAUAAUACAUUCAUUAAAAUUGCUCCGAUUUUCAGACAUCGUAUUGUAAAAACGAAGAGUUUUUUUUGUUCAUGACCAUUUUAGACGCAUCAAUGAUCGAAAAAAAACUCGGAGAAAAACCAAUAUUUUUCGAAUUAAGUAUUGGGAACGCAGGAAAUAUGAUUGAUGGUCAUAAUGAAUCUAAUUCUCAAGAAGACCAUGAUAAAGUCAAUGUGCUUGGUAAUCUAUUUAGUUAUAUCUCUUUGUUUUAUCUAUAAUGUAUUAUAUCUUUAAUUAAAUAUAUAAUGUUACAGAAAGCGUCAUUUCGGAAUCAUGGCAAAGCACAACGGCAGCAAUAAAACCAAUAACCAACGAUAAGGUAUAUUAUUACUUGCCAUUACGUGAGGAUAAGCCUUGUUUGCACGUUAAGUCAAUAUGGCCAGAUUACAGACGAAGAAUGUACAACUCCAAUAUAAUCAAUAAAAUAUCUGAUAGACUGGUAUAAAAAUGUCUUUUUAUGGAAAUUCCAUAUUUUAAAAUUAUUUCUAUAUUUUAUACGCAUGCAGGAAGAAGGUCUAAAUGAAGUAUCGUUUUUGAUUGAUGAUGAUGAUCCAGAUAAAGAAGAAAAACUUAAAUCUGUCUUAGACGAACUAUCAACUAGUUGCAACCGAUAUGUAAAUUUCACUAAAGGUGUAGGGUGUGGUCAAGGUUUAGGAAAAACCAAGUUAGACAAAGAAAGAAUGAAACUGUGUCUUAGAGAGAUUGUAAUUAUGAUACAAAUUACUCACAAUUUAAAAAAUUAAUAAUAAACGUUUAUAUUUAAAAACAGGAACAAAUUGGAAAAAUGUCAAGAACUUUAAAGGCUAUAGUUACCAAAAACUCGUUUAAAGAACGUUACAGAACUGCGUUAAACUAUUUACAAAAAAUAAAAGCGCUCAUUGAAGACGUAAAGUACAAUUAAAAACAUUUUUUGACCGUUUCUCUAUGAAAUAUGUUUUAUUCUUUUAGCCACAACAUUCUUUGCCGGAUAUUUUUCUAUGGAUGGUGAGCAAUGGUAAAAGAGUAGCUUAUCAAAGAAUUAUGGCUAGACACUUAAUUUAUUCGGUUGCUGAUGAAGAAUGUGGAAAAUUUUGUUCAAAAGUUCACACCUUGUUUUUGAAGGUAUUUAUAAUGAAACACUGAGUAUUGAGAAGAAAUUAAAUUUAAGUGUCAUAAUUUCAGUUACCAGGAAAGAAAAAUUAUGGUUCUUCUGGAUGGUCAAUACCUAUUAAACUACAAGUAUACACGUGGUUAGGACAAAUGAAACAUAAAAAAUAUCUAUCAAAUGGUCUGCCCAAUGGUUAUAAUACCACACCCGAAUUGUAUAGUCCAGACAAUCCUAGAUUACCACCGCCGGCCUACAUUCAUUAUUGUGAAAAAUAUGUUAGUGAAAGUAGUUCUAUAAUAUUAUAACGUAUUAUCUCUACUAAUAAAACAACUUGAUGAUAAACAUUAUUUUUAGACAUUUCAACUGAGAGCAUACAUGUACCAAGCUCGAUCGUUGAUCGGUUCCGACGCAUCCGGUUUGUCUGACCCAUACGCACAAAUAAUAUUUGGUGAAAACUCUAUCAAAACUCAAGUAUCUACCUACUUAUAUGUUCAAUUGAAUUCUCGAUUAUAUUAUAUGCGAUAGAAUUCUAUUCUCAAAUCCACUAAAAAGCAUUUUCGUUAAAAAUAAAUAAAUCAAAUUUGAUCUAAAUUAAUUAAAAAUAUAUAAACUUUCAAUUGAUUUUUUAGUAUUUUCAAUCAAAAAUGUUAUUUACUUGAUUUGAGAAUCAAACCAAUAGGUCUCCUGCGCAUUAAUAAUUUGUAUUCUAUGUUUCUACAGGUUAUAGAUGAAACAUUAAGUCCGACUUGGGACGAACUAUUAAUCAUCAAUGACGUGAUACUCUAUGGUACAAAGGAUGACAUAAAAAAACAUUCACCGACCAUAGUGGUGGAAAUAUUCGAUCAAGACAAAGUGGUAAUCUGUUGGUUUUAUAAAGGAAUGAUAUACUGACAAUUUGUGUAAUACUUAGGGCAAAUCAGAAUUCAUCGGGAGAACUGUGGCUAAACCGCACGUGAAACUUUUGGAAGACGACUAUAUCAGACCAGAAUUUCCCCCAGCAUUGGAAUGGCAUGAUGUACAUAGAGGCAUGGAACAUGCAGGAGAACUUUUAGCUACAUUCGAAUUGUUACAAGUUGGACUAUUUAAAUUUAACUACACCACUAGCCGGUAUUAUUUAAUAUUUAUUCUAGCUUCCUAACGCGUUAAUUGGUGAAAGUGCAAUACUACCGCCUUUACCAGAUCCCAAAGACGUUUAUUCGAUAAUGGAUGGUCAACAUUGUGAACCGAUCUUACCUAUUCCCAAAGAUAUUAGACCGACUUUAGCGAAAUAUAGGUAUAUACAAACCACAACUUAGGAUAUUUGUUUUGAACUACGUCUAUAUUAUACACUUAUACGUUAAUUAGUUUUAGCCUAAUAACUAAAAUAUGAAAUAUUUUUAAAUUUAUACAACUUUCGUUAAUUAUUUACCUAACCUAACCCAUUGCAAUGUACACUGAACGUCCCAUAAACGAUUUUAGAAUUGAAGUGUUAUUCUGGGGACUCCGGAAUCUGAAACGAGUUCACUUGAUGACUGUCGACAAACCUCGUGUAGACAUUGAAUGUGCUGGUCAUAUUCUCUAUUCGUCUAUUAUUCAAAAUGCCCGCAAAAAUCCAAACUUUAGCACUCCAGUCAAAUUUUUGGAACUAGUGAGUGUUACAAAAUACCUAAUAAUUUGUACUAGUAUUAUUUCAAAAAUAUGCUUUAAGAUGACUUGAUAACUGCAUAUGCAUCUCUGUAGAAACUAACGGACGAUAUAGCAUAAUUACGUUACUUAGCAUAUAAAUUGUGGCAUUCAAGUAAAUAUUAGAUUUUAAAUACAAGUAACAAAAUUUAAAGAAGAAAAUAUUUCGGGAGGCUGUAUGUAUUUUUUUUUCUAAAUUUUAACCGUCAGUUCGGCGGAAACACCACAUGUGGAUAUCAAGUCUUCUUGAGUAAAAAGAAAAAUGUGUUAUAGCCUUAAGAACUAGCAUUAUAUACACAUACAUAUAUGUUUAUGCUCAAUAGGAACUUCCAGAACAAGAAUUAUAUCGUCCACCAUUGACAAUACGAGCUGUUGACUGUCGGAGUUUCGGUAGAUUUACAUUAGUAGGUACACAUCUCAUUAACUCGAUUCAUAGGUAUAUGUACGUUCCAACUACGAAGAAGGAAAGAGAAGCUAUUGAACGGAAUAAAUCACUAAUGCAAUUGCAACGUAAGAAUGCCUUAACAAUAUACAAAAUACCUAGUGGUGUCAAUAGUAAGAGGUUACAGUAACAUUUGCAAUCUCUAUCUAUCUAACGAGCAAUAAAGCAAAAAUGUAUUUUCAUGCUUUCAGUAGUACCCAGGAUAACAGGAUCUAAUUGACCUGAAAUGAAAGUUAUUUCAACAAAUUAAAGAUAAAAAUAUUUUUAUAUUUUCGAAAAAAUGUUUGAUGUAUUCAUUGAAUAUUUUUCUACCUAAAUAAAAAAUUAUACAAUUUUUUUUUUAAGUUUGGAGUAUGAAUAGAUUAUCGGGGAAUAGAAUUUUAAAAAAAAAUCCUCUUUUCAAAACAUAAUAAAUUUUGUCUUAUUUAAUUAAGUAAAAUAAUUUUUGAUUUAGGUAUAUUAAAUCCUGAGUAGAUACUGUUAACAGUAAAUAUAAAACAUAUUUUUGCUAAAUUGCUACCUACUAAAUAAAUAAAAAACGUCAAAUUUUACUGUGGCAUCUUAUUGUAGUAAUGAUAUUGAAUUAUUUUAUUAUAUAGGUAUUUAUUUUACUGAAACAAAAAACACUAAUACUUAUUAUUCUAUUACAUUAGAAUAUUUUUUGUAAGAUUCCUAAGUAUAAAAGUAUCAAUGUUCAAUGUUGUACAUUAUCUAGAUAUCUAAAAUAUGUAUUUAUUAUUUUAUCUAGAUAAAUAAAAAGGUUCUCUGAUUAUCUAGAAAUUAAUUUGACUUGAUUUUUCGUUUUAGAUAUUCGUUGUUUGAUAUUCAGUAAUAUUAUCGAAGUAAAUGUUUAUUACUUUAUUAGUCACUAAUCUUCCAUUUUUGUAUUUAAAUAUUUUAUUUUUAGCAUUACAAUAUAUUAAUUUGAAACGUAAACCUUUAAGAUACAUAUUAGAUAGGUAAUUGAUAAAUAAUAAAUAUAUCGGUAUUCAGUGUAGUAAUCUGGAUUUCGACUCCAUAUUUACCUUAUGGUCGUUUAUCAAAUCUAUAAAUUUAUAAAUUAUUAUAUAUAGAUACUACAUAUAGAUAUAUAGAGAUACUACAGAGUUUAAAUUUAUAUUCGUUUUACUAUCUAAUAAACCAAUCCUCGGAAGAACACUUUGAUUUCAUAAUCAGUGUCUUCCGAAUGUACCUCUUCUUUGUUGGAAUCGCUUCUUACGUUUUAAACGUUCCUCCGGGCUGCUGAGUCUCAGUAAAUAAAUAAACUUCUACCUUCGUCAAGUGUUUUUAUUUACUUUAAACAUAUGGUUUAUUCGAAGAGUCGAUGACUUAAGUUGACUUCGUAAUUUAUUACUAUUGCACCGUACCGUCAGAUUCGGUUCAUUAUAUUACAUAAAUAUAAAAAUAUAAUAGAUUUAUAUUUAACAAACAAAUGGAAUAUUUUUAUUCAACUUUCCUCAGUUUAAUAAUUGUUCUAUUAUUUUACGACAAUAUUUUAAUAAAAAUAUUAUCAAAACUACUAUUAUAUAAAUGGAUUAAUAAUCACGUCAAAUUAUUUCAGAAAUCGAAUCAAAAAAAAAUCUAACAAACACAAGUCGAUCUAACAAAAAUGAUCAAAAUGCUAAUUAUAACAAUACCAUACAAUCCGAUAAUGUAUUUGACAGCAGGGAUAGUGUCAUCAACAUUAGCUAUGUAAGUUAUUAUUAACAAGAUUUAUUUAAAAUUAUUUGACCUAUUUUUUGUUUUUUCGAUAUUAGGGUUCUAGUCAUCUAACUCAAAAAGAUAUUAAAACGCAGUUCAACAGAAGUCGUAAACCAAGUUUCGAAGAAGUAGUUGAGUUAAAGAAUGAUGACAGUCGAGAUUGGUGGACUAAAUAUUUUGCAUCUGUCGAAAACGCUAUUGUAGAAGUUUGUAAUCAAUAAUUAAUAUAUAAACCAGUGUUCCAUUUUGAUUUGAAUACCUUAUUAAAAUAUCUUAGGAAAACAGAAAAACAGCUUAUGGAGACACCAAUGGUUUAUUGCCAAUUCAAAUAGAACCUACCCAGAAUGAUGUAAAACCAUUAAAAAAAAGUACAAAAACGUCGCGUUUUGUAGCAAAAUUAAGUCCAAAAAAAUUUCAAAGAAAACGUGAAAUUACUAAAAUCGCUACUAUGAAAGUAACUGAUAUUGAUUUAGUUAAAUUUCACUAUUAUUAUUUUUAAUUAAGACAUACACAUUUAUAUAAAACAUAAUUGUUUGAUUUUUGAUAGAUAUAUUCAAACGAACUAGAAUCACAACCAGAAUUUAAUGGUUUUCGAGAAUGGUUAUUACCAUUUGAUUUGUACCGUGGUAAAAAAACCGGUGAUGAUGUCGAGGACGAGGCUCGCAUAGUUGGAACGUUCAAAGUAAUGUUUAAAUGUAUUUUAUAUUUAUUUAAAUAAUAAUUAUUAAUUUUUCAGGGUUCAGUUAAAGUAUAUAAAUGGCCUCUACCGAAGGACAUCGAAGACCACACAAUAAUGGGUUUUGACCCUCAAUAUGGAUUUUUUCAAGGUUUGCCUUCAAACGAUCCGAUUCAUGUAUUGGUUAGAGUAUACAUUGUGAAAGCAAACGAUCUUCAUCCAAUGGACAUAAACGGGAAAGCUGAUCCCUAUGUGGUGUUACAAUUAGGUUCAAAAAAAAUAAGUGACAAAGAUAAUUAUAUAUCAAAACAACUCAAUCCGGUUUUCGGAAAGUAUGUUUUAAAUAAAAUUUGUCAAUGAAUACUUAAAAAUUUAUAUUAAUAUAAUGAUAUUAGAUGUUUUGAAAUCGAAGCGACGUUCCCUCAAGACUCAAUGUUGACCGUACAAAUACUAGAUUGGGAUCUGUUGGGAUCCGAUGAUUUGAUAGGAGAGACCCGUAUAGACUUAGAAAACCGAUUUUAUAGUAGACACAGAGCUACUUGCGGAAUUCCUAAAACGUAUGAACUGUAAGUAUAAAUAACGGCAGACUAUUCGUUUGUCUGUUUGAUUUCGAUUGACAAUGAAACCCGUUUAAAUGUUCAGAUUGGGGUACAACCGAUGGAGAGAUUCAAUGAAACCCACACAAAUAUUAGCAAAACUAUGCAAAGAAGCUAAACUAGACCCACCGGUUUAUUUGAACGGUACUGUCAAGGUCGGUACGAAAACGUUUUGUCUCCAAAACACCAAUGACGAUGGGAUCGAAUGGUAUUGCGCCAAAGGCAAGUAUACCAAACAUCGUAUCGAAUAUUGAAGAUGGGAUAGGUAAAACUGAGACUGCAUAGAAGGGUGGUAAAAGGGAAGUUGUAUUUAUUGUUUAGUUUAAAAAAUUGAGUAUUCAAGUUAAAAUAACUACACACGUAAUAUGUUGGCAUUGUGUUAAUAUAAUAAUUGUCUGCAAAAAAUAAUAAAAUAUACGACCUAUAGCCUAAACAGCCGAAAAAACGUGAAUAACGUCAUAUCCAUAAAUAUCUUAAAUACAUUUUUCUUUUACUAAUCUAACUUGGCCUUUUUUUUUCACGUCGUUUCAGGUACGGAAGAGCAUAUGGCGUUGGCCGUCCUACACAACUGGCAUGAGAUUCCACGGAGAGGCUGUCACCUAGUGCCUGAACACAUCGAAACCCGGCCGCUGUUCAUAGCCGACAAAGCCGGAAUCGAACGGGUAAGCUCGUGAUACCAAUCAUAUUAAUAAAUUUGAUUGUCUUUCAUCUGAAAAAUUCGCAGUACUCCGUCUAUCCCCUUCAAGGUUGUCCUUUACGGUUCUACAAAUUCAGAUAAUUCUUAUAACGCGAAGUUUUAGAUUCUGAGUGGAGUGAAGAAGCUUAUAGUUUUAUAAAGAUGCUUAUUUUUUUAUCUGUGCGCCACUUUUCUCUUUUCUACCAGAAGAAUUGUUCGGAUUUCUACGUGUAGAGCACCUUUUCUGAAAGUAAAUCAACGUGGGGAGAUACUUAAAGGAAACCAUUUUUCGAUUUUCUCAAGAGUUUUCCCAACAAAUGUUAAAAACAGAUAUAAAACAUAGGAAAACCUGGAAAAACGUAGGAAACCUGGGAAAAUCGGUACAAUAUUUAACAUAUAUUAUCAAAACAAAUAUAUAAAGUCUAUUUAAUUAUUUUACUAUAAAAUGACAUAUAUAUUGUUGACAAAGCAUCACUAUCAACUGAACUCCGCUCAUAAUCGUUUUUUCGUAUGCACUGGUUUAUUGUUACUUACAGGUAUACAUUGAAUUAUCUAUAACAGGGGCUGCACCUGUCCCUAUUAUUCUAGGACGUCUUUUUCUAAAUAUUUCUCGUUUGUCUAUUCUCCAACAAUCUCUCUACCAUCUCAACUACAUUUUAAUAGAUAGUGAUGGCAAUAUGGUUUUUGCCCAAGGUUUCCGAACUACUACAGCAUGCAAUGUCUUCCUAACUUUUUAUAUGUUUAAUCUUAUAAUAUGUUUAAUUUCAUCCAUGCACAUUGCACACGGCUAAGUUAACUUUAUGUAUACCGACUUUCCCAAUGUUUUUUAUUUAGUUAACCACAACUUGAUUAUCUACAUACCUCAUCUCUUUCUGACUGUCGUCUACUGAAAGACAGCCUUCACCAUUUAGUUAUCUGAGACAAGUUUCUAAGCCUCUUAAUAAAUAUACUCAAAUGCUCAAUUUUCACUUUUACCCUCUCCCGUACGCCGAUAAUUUUUCCUUGCCGUAUAAAUAACGUGCUUAUCAAAUGAACCGAAAAUUCUAUACAAGAUUUUUAUUUUAUUCUUUCUCCCAUAAAAUGCACUGAAAUUAUAUUAUUUUUCCAAGCCUUCAAGCUCUUGAAUUUCAUACUCCGUACCUCCCGCUAUUUCAAGCAUACUCCUCCACUCAUAUCACUCUACUACACUCUGAUCGGCCCUGUUAUCAAAUAUGAAACCAUCCACUGGAAUCCUUCUACCAUAUAUGCUAGUACUAUGGUUAAAAGGGUUCAGAGAUGCUUCCUUCGUAUAUCUACCCUCAGAUUAACAUCCCUCACUCUCCCCAUGAUUAUUCCCCAGUUCAAAGUUUCCUUAACUUUCUAGUCUCCCAAAUUGCAGACGAACGCAUAAUAUAUUUUUAUAUUCCAAUAGCCUUACAAGUAAAACUGAUUCAUCAAGUCUUCCGUCAUAUUGAAUUAGUUUUAAUUAAACCAUGUCUUAUUUGAACUAAUCUCUAAGUAUAUUGUAAAUAAUUUAAUAGAUAAUUUUAAUUUAAUUUUAGUCUUGGUUAAAUUUUAGUUUUAGUUUAGUUUGAGUUUUUGUAUACUAUUAUUCUUAUACUUUGGGGCUACAGCCUUUACUACAAUAAAAUAAAAUUGUAUUGAUUUCGUCUGGUCAAUUUUUUCCCAAGUUAGGUGAAACCCAUCAGGUCAUGAUACUUGUCUGAAGAGUUUUUCGUUUUACAAAAAUGCAAACUGGUAUAGGUAUUUUAUAUUACAAUACAUUAUUAUUAGGAAUGAUUUAAGUCGGAAAAACUUAGAUAGGGUCUAUAUUUACCAAUAAUUGAGCGGCGUUCCAUACACUAACUAAAACCAACUAAACUUACAAGAAACACGUGAAGUCAACACUUCAAAAAUUAUUUUCUCCCAAAAACAUCUGUUUACAUAAAUAUCAUACUUAUAGGAUUUAAAAAUAAUCUCUGCAAAAAAAUAUUUAGUUUUUUAUGUCAUCAAAGUUAGAUAUCUAUAGUUACUUCAGUGAAAAUACACAAUCGCCCCCCCCCCCGGACUUCAAAGACUUACAAUUUAAAGGGGACAGAUAAUUUUAAUUUAAAUAAGAAACGUAACUCCAUACACCUAAUUUAACCACAGAUUUUAAGUAAGUAAAAUGUUUUCAUCAGUAUAAUUAUUUCGUAAUGAUAAAAUAUAAUACUCACAAGCUCUGAGGAUACGGCUGUCUGAAAGUCUUAGUUUUGGAAAGUCUUACAACGUUUUCCCGUAUUUAGCCAAAAUUACCAAUAGAGAUUCCUCUCAAUAUAAAUUAAUAUUUUACAAUGAUUAAUUAAAUAAUUACGGAUAUCUAUAACAUCAUUACAUUUUAAGAAACACUGGUCCAGUAGAAUAUUUUUUUAUUCGAUCGGCAUAUGUGUUAGGGAAAAUUGGAAAUGUGGGUGGAUAUGUUUCCAAUGGACAUGCCGCUUCCCGGGCCGGCGUUGGACAUAUCGCCCAGGAAACCGAAAUCGUAUCAGCUCCGGGUGAUCAUCUGGAACACGGACGACGUGGUGUUGGAAGACGACGCGUUUUUCACCGGCGAAAAAAUGAGCGACAUCUACGUGAAAGGGUGGGGAAUUUUUAUAUUUAUUAUUAUUGAUUAAAAUAUGUGGCCAUGAUAUGUGAUAUUAAUAUAUUGUAUAUAUCAUACCGCUAUAAUAUAAUCGUCAUAUUAUUAUCGUCGAUUAUGUCAUAAUCGGAUUAGAACAAUAACAUAUCUAAUAAAAAUAAUUCGGGUAUAAAAAAAAAAUGACUGUAGUUUUAAUAAAACGUAAUUAAUUAAUGAUAAGUAAAGGGAAAUUACGGAUCCAAAGCUGGUUUUUAAUAUGUAAUAAUUAUUAAAUGGUAUAUUGAUGGCCACGAUUUACGAAUAUGGUUACGAGUGGCAGCAAAUAAUUAUAAUUUUUUAUAACACAGUUUAGUACGUAGCCCAUUCAACACGAGACGGAACACGCUUCCCGUCGUUUUCAAUCGAGUUGUAAUUAUUUUAUUUAUGAUUUCUUAUGAAUUUGAGUAAACCUUCCGUUAAAUUUAACAGCACCUAUAUAUACACAAUCAAACCAGUCAAGUACAAAAUUAUUAAGGGAAAUAUAUCAGCUAAAAAUCGUUGCUACAACCGUUUCUACAUGCAUGUUAUUGUUGGGUUGAUUGCAGGUGGUUGAAAGGUCCAGAAGACUGCCAGAGCACGGACAUACAUUACAGGUCGUUGACGGGAGAGGGUAAUUUCAACUGGAGAUUUAUGUUCCCUUUCGACUAUCUCGUGGCGGAAGAGAAGAUUGUUAUAUCGAAAAAGGAAUCGCUGUUCUCGUGGGACGAAACAGAGAGCAAAAUACCUGCCCGACUUGAACUCCAAGUGUGGGACGCUGAUCAUUUUUCGGCUGACGAUUUUCUAGGUAAAAAUUCAAAUGCAAAAAAUUAUAAAAAAUACAAGGCUAUAAUUUUUCGCUACACUUCAAAAAAUUAAUUCGGUCGAAAUCUAUUAUAGGAGCGUUGACAUUGGACUUGAAUAAUUUCCCGCGAGGUGCCAAAUCAUCGAAACUUUGCACAUUAGAAAUGCUCAAAUCUGAUGGGUCGGUGCCCAUGGUCAACAUAUUCAAACAAAAACGCGUCAAAGGCUGGUGGCCAUUUUACGUAAAAAAAGAAAACGAAGAAAUGGAACUAACGGUCAGUGUUUAAUAAUAUUAUUAUUUUUAAAUAAUUUAUAAUUUGUUUUCCAGGGUAAAGUUGAAGCCGAAUUGCAUUUGCUCACGGCCGAAGAAGCGGAAAAAAUCCCUGCGGGUAUUGGUCGCAACGAACCAGACCCACUGGAUAAACCCAAGUAAAAACCUGAGUUCAAUGUGUUGCACAUAUUUUUAAUAUCUACUCAUUACUAACACACGGUAUUUUAUUGUUUUUGUAUUGUAGUCGACCGGACGCUUCGUUCAUGUGGUUCUUAAACCCGUUUAAAUCCAUACGAUACAUCAUCUGGCACAACUAUAAAUGGAAAAUUUUGAAGGGCAUCAUCGUGCUGGCGAUAUUCUUGAUGUUGAUAUUGUUCUUCUACAGCAUUCCCGGUUACACGGUCAAAAAAAUGUUGGGCGCCUGA